GCAUUCCCAGCCUCGCCUCGGGUGGAGGGAUUGCGAGGAGGGAAAGCAAAACUACACGGCCUCUCUCUGUGUAGUUUUGUUUUUGUCAGGGAAUAUUUCGAGGCUCAACCGUUCUCACCUUGGAUUUUUCUGCACAAACCGUUCUGGAUAAGGGGGCUGUUGCCCGUUAGUCAGUCGGGCUCCGUCCCAUCACUUCCAGGCACUCUUGUGGAAACAAGGUGCCGACCACCAUGUCAACACAAGCGCCAACGUUUACACAGCCGCUGCAGAACGUCGUGGCACUGGAGGGUAGUGCCGCUUCGUUCGAGGCUCAAGUUAGUGGUUUUCCAGUUCCUGAGGUGAGCUGGUUCCGUGAUGGCCAGGUUCUUUCCGCCGCAGCUCUGCCCGGCGUCCAGAUCUCGUUCAGCGAUGGCCGCGCUGUUCUGAGGAUCUCCGCUGUGACCGCCGCACACAGCGGACGCUUUUCUGUCAGAGCCACCAACGGCGCUGGACAAGCCACGAGCACCGCCGAGCUCCUGGUUACAGCGGAGACAGCGCCUCCCACCUUCCUUCAGAGGCUGCAGACCUCCACAGUGAGGCAGGGCAGCCAGGUGAGGCUGAACGUCAGAGUCACUGGCAUCCCCACGCCUGUAGUCAAGUUCUACAGGGAGGGAGCCGAGAUCCAGAGCUCUGCCGACUUUCGGAUCCUGCAGGACGGAGACCUGUACAGUCUGCUGAUUGCAGAGGCCUUCCCAGAGGACUCUGGGACGUAUUCUGCAACAGCCACCAACAGCAGUGGACGGGCCACGUCCACCUGCGAGCUGCUGGUUCAAGGAGAAGAACCAGUUCCAGCAAAGAAAACCAAGACAGUGAUUUCAACCGCUCAGAUUUCACAGACCAGAAUCACAAGAGUGGAAAAGAAGAUGGAGUUUGAACUGACUCAGACACUUGGUCACAAGACUCCACCCAGAGUUCCACCCAAACCUUCGUCAAAGUCUCCCACCCAGCCCUCGCUGGUCCCCAAGGUGACCGGGGGGCGCCAACAGUCACCGUCACCUGUCAGACACGUGAAGGCACCCACGCCCACAACUGUCAGGCCGGUAAAGUCUCCCGUCACCACGAGGAAGCAACCUGCCCCCGCUGCUGAAGUCCCCCCGCCAUGGAAGAGGGGAGAUGAUGGCAUGAAACCAGUCACAGACUCCAAAGAGGCUGAGGGAGGGACAAAAGCUGGGGCGGUGGCCAAAGUAGUGGCCGCCGUUGACCUGGCUCGUAUUCGCCAACCCGUGCAUGUCGAAGGCGGUCGAGCUGAAGAGGUGGAGACUGUAGAGGCAGAAAUGAGGCAGCAGACAGUUGCUAUGUCUGCCGAUCAACAGUAUCAAAUUGGCUGGAUGUCAACGAGAAUGCAGGCUGGUCAAAUGCUCACUGCUGCUCAGGAGUUCACAUCUGACCUGCAGUCUCAGAUUCAGAGAGGAACAGAAAUCUCCUCCAGAGUGGAAACUGGUCUCACUCCAUCUCCAGUUCCACAAUUCAUGGUUUCUAAAGUUUCUGUCCCCAAACCAGAGUCUGUUGGGGAGGUGUCCAUCGCCGGCUCAGCUAUCGCCACUCUGCAGAAAGAGUUAUCCUCAUCUUCUUCUAGAAAGAUCAUCAAACCGGUCAAGUCUCCCAGUCCGUCUCUUAAAGUUGUUAGGACCAGUGAGAUGCUGGAGUCCAUCCCACCGCCGUUCAAAGAAUCCAUUGAGUCAUAUCGCUCUGGCACCCAGAUUCAGACGGGGGUCGCGUACAUGGUGGGAAUGGACAGAGUUUAUGAGGACUGGAGGACCAAGGUGCCAGAGGCAGCAGCUGUACCGUCUGCAGGUGGCGCUGUUGUCCCACCCACCUUGGUCUCUGGCUUGAAAAACACAAACGUGACAGAGGGUGAGUCGGUGACUCUGGAGUGUCAGAUCAGCAGUCAGCCGGCCCCCGUCAUAAUGUGGUUCAGGGAGGACUACAAGAUCGAGAGCUCCAUUGAUUUCCAGAUCAGUUACGCGAGCGGAUUUGCUCGGCUGGUGAUACGUGAGGCUUUCGCUGAAGACAGCGGUCGCUUCACUUGCACCGCCACCAACGAGGCCGGAACCAUCAGCACCUCCUGCUACCUGCUCGUCCAGGUGUCUGAGGACAUCGAGGGCAAGCAGGAGGUAGUUUCCACCGAAGUUACUCAAGUUACAGUAGAAGCUAAAGACGAGACCGAAGUGAGUGCGGUUGAGCCGGAUUCCCCUGCUGCUGCUCCCUUCUUCAUUAAGACACCCGUUGUUCAGAAGCUGGUGGAAGGAGGAAGCGUUGUGUUUCAGUGUCAGGUGGGCGGAAACCCCAAGCCUCACAUUGUCUGGAAGAAGAGUGGCGUGCCGCUCACCACCGGAUACAGGUAUAAAGUUGCCUACAAGAAAGAGACCGGAGAGUGUAGAUUGGAGAUCUCGAUGACCUUUGCAGACGAUGCAGGAGAAUAUUCUGUCUUUGCCAAGAAUCAACUUGGCGAAGUCUCAGCGUCCAUCAGUCUUCUGGAGGAAGAGGAAUAUGAAGUGUACAUGAAGAAACAGGAAGUGACAGCUCCAGUGCAGGAGCCCAAACCUGGAGACAUUCCCCCUAUCACAGUGGAUACAAUGACCACCGUUAUCUCCGGACAGGAAUUCCAUUUGUCUGCCAUGGAGCUGAGAAUCAUUCAGGAGAUCGAGCUCACCAUCAUGAAGAUCACCUACAGAGAGAUUGUAACUGAGGACGGAGAGUUGAUGGUGACCGCCACUGCCACUGAGGCGGUGCAGCCAGCCUUCGACACUCCGGUCAAAAACUACAGAAUCAUGGAGGGAAUGAGCGUCACCUUCCACUGCAAGAUGUCUGGAAUGCCGCUCCCCAAGAUUGCUUGGUUCAAAAACGGCCAGCGCAUCAGGCCCGGUGACCACUACCAGAUGGAGGUUCUCCAGGAUGGACGAGCCAGCCUCCGCCUAUCUAUGGUGCGACCAGAAGAUGAAGGCGUGUACACUGCCUUCGCCACCAACAUGAAAGGAAAUGCUGUCUGCUCAGGGAAGCUAUAUGUGGAGUCAUCUGCAGCCGCUCCUCAGAGAUACACACCACAACCUGCAGUGCAGAGGAUCAGAUCCACAUCACCUCGUUCUCUGAGCCGCUCUCCUGGCCGCUCACCUAGCCGUUCACCCGGACGAUCUCCCGCUCGUCGGCUUGAUGAGACUGACGAACAACAGCUGGAAAGACUUUACAAACCCGUAUUUGUCAUGAAACCUACUGCAUGUAAAUGCUCUGAGGGACAAACUGCCAGAUUUGACCUGAAGGUUGUUGGCCGACCAAUGCCUGACACCUAUUGGUUCCACAAUGGACAACAAAUUGUUAGUGACCACACCCAUAAGAUUGUGGUUAAAGAGGAUGGGACUCAGUCCCUGAUCAUUGUUCCAGCCAUGCCCCAUGACUCUGGAGAAUGGACAGUGGUGGCUCAGAACAGAGCCGGGCGCUCAUCCAUCUCUGUCACUCUCACAGUUGAUGCUAAGGAAACCUUGGUCCGUCCCCAGUUUACUGAGAAACUGAGGAACAUCAGUGUGAAAGAGGGCACUCUGGUUGAACUGGCUGUUAAAGCCAUUGGAAACCCACUGCCUGACAUCGUCUGGCUGAAAAACAGCGACAUCAUCACCCCACACAAGCACCCACACAUUAAGAUUGAAGGAACCAAAGGAGAGGCCAAAUUCCAAAUCCCCUCAGCAGGCGGACCAGACAGUGCAUGGUACACUGCCACAGCCAUCAACAAGGCUGGCAGAGACACCACCCGCUGCAGAGUCAAUGUUGAGGUUGAAUAUGUUGAGCCUGAACCAGAGAGGAAGCUCAUUAUUCCCAAAGGAACCUACAAAGCCAAAGAGAUCACCCCCCCAGAGCUGGAGCCUCUCCACAUGCGUUAUGGUCAAGAGCAGUGGGAGGAAGGCGACCUUUAUGACAAUGAGAAGCAACAGAAACCAUUGUUUAAGAAGAAGCUCACAUCUGUCCGAAUGAAGCGUUUUGGUCCAGCCCACUUUGAGUGCAGGCUGACUCCGAUUGGAGACCCCACCAUGGUGGUGGAGUGGCUGCAUGAUGGCAAGCCUCUGGCUGCUGCCAACAGGCUGCGUAUGGUCAAUGAGUUUGGCUACUGCAGCCUGGACUAUGAGGUUGCUUAUGCAAGAGACAGUGGUGUGAUCACCUGCAGAGCAACCAACAAGUUUGGAGUCGACCAGACCUCAGCUACCCUGAUUGUCAAGGAUGAGAAGGGCCUUGUUGAGGAAUCUCAGCUUCCUGAAGGCAGGAAGGGAGUUCAACGAAUUGAUGAAAUGGAACGACAGGCUCAUGAAGGUGGACCUUAUGGAGUAACUGCUGAAGAAGAAACAGAGAAAAUGAAACCUGAGAUUGUCCUUCUCCCUGAGCCUGUCAGGGUUAUGGAAGGUGACACAGCCAGAUUCCGCUGCAGAGUGACCGGCUACCCGGCUCCCAAGGUUAACUGGUACCUUAACGGACAACUCAUCCGCAAAAGCAAGAGAUACAGACUUCGCUACGAUGGCAUUUACUACCUGGAGAUUACAGAUAUCAAAUCCUAUGACUCAGGAGAGGUAAAAGUUAUAGCAGAUAACAACCUGGGUUCAGCUGAAUAUGUUGUGAAGUUGGAAAUUCAACAGAAGGAAGACUUCAGAACUCAUCUGCGCCGUGCUGCUGAGGGUAAAGCAAGUGAAGCUCCUGCUGAGUCAGGAAGAGUACCAUUUGAGGUGGUGAAGGCUGAGCAACCCACUGAGGACACUCAGCUGAAGGAGGUGGUCAAGCUUAAGAAAGCCCAGAGAAUUGUCCAUGAAAAAGCCGUUGAAGAGUCUGAGGAACUGAGGAGCAAAUUUAAGCGCAGGACAGAGGAAGGCUAUUAUGAGUCCAUCACUGCUGUUGAGCUCAAGUCACGUAGGAGAGAUGAUUCUUAUGAAGAUCUGCUACGAAAGACAAAGGAGGAGCUUCUUCACCAUGCAAAGGAAAAGGAGGAGGCUGAGAAGAAGAAGGAGGAAGAGCGCCUCAAACUCACUGCAAAACCUCUGCAACCAGAAAGGAUCAAGCUUUCACCCAGCAUGGAAGCUCCUAAGAUCCUGGAGCGCAUCACCAGCCAGACAGUUGCACUGGGAGAUGAAGUCAAAUUCAGAGUCAGAGUUGUUGGUAGACCAGAUCCUGAGUGCCAGUGGUUCAAGAAUGGUGUUCAGUUGGAAAAAUCAGACCGCAUUAACUGGUUCUGGCCUGAAGACCAUGUGUGUGAACUUGUGAUCAGAAACGUGUCAGUCGAGGAUUCAGCUAGCAUCAUGGUUAAGGCAACCAACAAGGCUGGAGAGACAUCCAGCCACGCUUUCCUGCUGGUGCAAGCAAAACAAGUCAUCACUUUUACACAGAAGCUUGAGGAGCUCAAUGCCAAAGAGAAGGAUACCAUGGCUACAUUUGAGUGUGAAACUAAUGAGCCUUUUGUUAAGGUUAAAUGGCUCAAGAAUAACAUGCAGAUCUUCUCAGGAGAUAAAUACAGGAUGCACUCUGACAGAAAGGUCCACUUCCUGUCUGUGCUGAUUCUUGAAAUGAGGGAUAACGCAGAAUAUUCAUGCGUGGUUGUAGAUGAUGAGAACAUCAGAACCAGCGCCAAGCUCAAUGUUGAAGGAGCUCCUCUGGAGAUGGUGAAGCAGCUGGAGAACACCGAGGUGCCUGAGACAUACUCUGGAGAAUUUGAAUGUGUUGUAACUCGUGAAGAUGCUGAAGGCACCUGGUACUUUGAGGACAAGCUGCUCUCUCCCAGUGGUAAAUACGUCAUGAUCUCCCGCCGUGGAAGACACAGUCUGUCUGUGAAAGAUGUCAGGAAGGAAGAUCAGGGCAAAUAUACUUUCAAAGUGGGUGAAUUCACAACAACUGCCUCACUAAAGAUGAAAUUGCGUCCCGUCACCCUGGUUCAGCCUUUGACGGACCUAACUGUUUGCGAGGGUGAUAUUGCCCAGCUUGAGGUCAAGUUCUCACAAGAAAAUGUUGAAGGCAGCUGGAAGAAGAAUGGACAACCAAUUACAUCUUCUGACCGUGUGCACAUCGUUAUUGAUAAACAAGUCCACAAACUCCUGAUUGAAGAUGCUAUCAAGGAUGACUUUGGAUCAUAUUCAUUUGUAGCUCCUGAUCAUGAUAUCACAACCACUGCAAAGCUGUUGAUUCAGAGUAUUGGCAUCCUUGUGUCAUUAAAGGAUGCAUCUACCAUUGAAGGCACCAAAGCUGUCCUGGAGGCCAAGAUCUCUGCUCAGGAUGUUAGCUCUGUCAAGUGGUACCACAAUGACAAUUUGUUGGUGCCCAGUGACCGGGUCUGUAUGGUGGCAAAGGGAACCAAGCAGCGUUUGGUUUUCACCAGGACCUACGCUUCUGAUGAGGGUCGCUACAAACUAGUUGUUGGCCGAGUGGACACCAGCUGCAAACUCUCUGUUGAGUCUGUGCAGAUCCUGAAGCCAAUGAAGGACAUGGAGUGCUCUGAAUCUGAGAACGUCUCCUUCGAAGUUGAGGUUUCCCACCCAGGUAUCGACCCCUAUUGGACCUUCAAGAACCAGCCACUCAAAGCCAGCGGCAGCCACAAGAUGGAAACCAAAAAUAAGCACCACACCCUGACAGUCAUCAACGCAAUGAAGGAUGAAGAGGGCGAGUACAUGUUCGCUGCUGGUGAGAAGACGUGCAGAGCUUCACUUACUGUGACAGGUGGUGCCAUCAAGAAACCUUUGCGAGAUCUGGUUGUAGCUGACUCCCAGACUGCUGUGCUGGAGUGUCAAGUCGCAAACCCAUCUGCUGAAGGAAAGUGGCUGAAGGAUGGACAGCCCGUCGAUUUCAGUGAGAAUGUGCUGAGUGAGGUGGACGGUGCCGUGAGACGACUUGUCAUUGUUAUCACAAAAGCCACGGAUAUCGGAGAGUACACGUAUCAAGUGGCCACCUCCAAGACCACCGCCAGUCUGAAAGUUGAAGCUGUAAAAAUCAAGAAGACCCUGAAGAACCUGAAUGUGGUCGAGACUCAGGAGGGUGUAUUCAGUCUUGAACUGACCCAUGAGAACGUCAGGGGAGCACAGUGGAUCAAGAAUGGUGUUGAGAUCCGGCCCAGUGAUAAAUUUGAGAUCAGUAUGGAGGGCACAGUUCACAUACUGAAGAUCAACAACUGCUCCACACAAGACGAAUCAGUUUACUCCUUCAAACUUGGAAAGCUGUCUGCAAACGCCAGACUCAAUGUUGAAACUCUUAAGAUCCUGAAGAAGCCAAAGGAUGUGACAUCACUGCUGGGUGCAACAGCUAUGUUUGAAGUGGGCAUCUCUGAAGACAACAUCCCAGUUAAAUGGAUGUUCAAGAACACUGAGCUGAAGCCAAACGAGCACUACACCAUACUUUCUGAGAAAAGGACUCACAAAUUAGUCAUCCAGGAUGUGGACAGCAGCAAAGAGGGAGAAUACACUGCGGUGAUUGGUCACCUGCACUGCAGUGCUCAUCUCACUGUUGAGUCUCUGCGGGUAACCAAACCCCUUAAGAACGUAGAGGUCCCUGAAACCCAUGUGGCCACCUUCGAGUGCGAAGUUUCUCACUUCAACGUGCCGUCCACCUGGCUAAAGAACGGUGUCGAGAUUGAGAUGAGUGAGAAGUUCAGGAUUGUGGUUCAGGGGAAACUUCACCAGCUGAAGAUCAUGAACACCAGCAGGGAUGACUCUGCAGAGUACACCUUCGUCUGUGGGAAUGACCGAGUGUCAGCAACGCUCACUGUCAACCCUAUUCUGAUCACAACAAUGCUGGAGGACCUGAAUGCUCAGGAGAAAGACACCGUCACGUUUGAGGUGAACGUCAACUACGAGGGAAUCACUUACAAAUGGCUCAAGAACGGUGUGGAGAUCAAAUCCACAGACAGAUGCCAGGCUCGCUGCAAACAAUUCAAUCACACUCUGAGCCUCAGGAACGUCCACUUUGGAGACAGCGCUGAGUACACCUUCACAGCCGGGUCCGCAGCUACUAAAGCUAAACUCUAUGUGGAGGCUCGUGUGAUUGAAUUCACUAAACACCUGAAGGACCUGAAGAUCACAGAGAAGAAAAGGGCAACCUUUGAGUGUGAAGUUUCUGAGCCGAAUGUCCAGGUGAUGUGGAUGAAGGACGGCCAGGAGCUGGAGAUGUCUGACAGGUACAAAAUGACCUCAGACAAGUUUGCGCAUCGUCUGGUUCUGCCGUCUGUCCGUAUGUCUGAUGCCGGCGAGUACACAGCCGUAGCCGGGGCGAGCAUGUCGGUUGGACACCUGGGAGUCGAGGGACGAGAUGUUAAAAUCUCUGAACCUGAAAGCAGAGACAUUACAGUGGUGGAGAAACAAAGAGCAACCUUUGAGUUUGAGGUAAAUGAGGAUGAAGUGGAGGGUCACUGGCUGAGGAAUGGAGCAGAGAUUCACUUUGCAGAGGAAGAGAGGUUCAACUACGCCAUCAUCAGGAAACUGCAUCGCCUCACUAUCUCUGAGACAUUCAGGAGUGAUGCUGGAGAGUACACCUUCAUCGCUGGCAAAAACCGCAGCACCAUGAACCUUCACGUGAGAUUGCCAGAGCCGCCUCAGAUCGUACGCCACAUGCAGGCCCAGACGGUGGUGUCUGGUCGGUCUGUGCGCUUCUCGGCGCAGGUGAGCGGCCUUCCUCAGCCUCAGGUGACCUGGUACAAAGACUCCCAGCUUCUGUCCACAAGCUACAAAUGCAAGUUCCUCCACGACGGAGAUGAGCACACACUACUUCUGCUGGAGGUCUUCCCCGAGGACGCCGCCGUCUACAGCUGUGAGGCCAAGAACGACUACGGAGAGGCAACAAGCUCCGCCCCUCUCACUGUGGAAGUUCCUGAGGUGAUUGAAACCGUUCGGAUUUCUCCUCCGGUUCUGAUCACUCCUAUGAGGGACAUUCUGGUCUCAGAAGGACAUCCUGCCCAGCUGAAGUGCCUUGUCUCUGGGGAAGAUCUGCAGAUUUCUUGGUUCUGUAAUGACAAAGAGAUCCGGCAGUCUGACAUCUUCAGGAUGUCUCAUUUGGAUGAAACCUGCCUGCUGGAGAUUUCCAAAGUCCUCCCUUCACAUGAGGGAGAGUAUUCGUGCAUUGCCACAAACAUAGCAGGAAUGGUCACAUGUUCUGCCACUUUGAACCUUGAUGUAACCGAAGUGGAGAAGGAACCAGUGGUAAAGGAGGACGUUAAAGUGAAACCUGUGUUCAAACACAGAAUUGUUCCUCUGGAGAUCAACGUCGGCAUUUCUGCCAGAUUUGAAUGUGGUACAGAGGAUGCUCCAAAUGUGAACUUCAAGUGGUUCAAAGAUGGUCACCUCAUCAAAGAGGGUGAUAAGUACAGGAUUAUCAGUCGCUUCACUGCUUCCUCUCUGGAAAUUCUGAGCCCAUCAAAGGAUGACAGUGGAGAGUACACCUGUAAGGCAUCCAAUCAACAUGGCAGUGAUGAAUGCUCUGCUUCUCUCAGUGUGACGGAGAAACUUCCUCCAGUUUUUCAAACUAAACCUGACAACCAGACUGUGUAUGUUGGAAAGAGGGCACUCAUACAGUGUGUAAUAGCAGGAUCUGCUCCUCUAAAUGUUGUGUGGCUAAAAGACCACCAGCUUGUGCCCUCUAUGUCAGAACACUACCAAACCUUUUGUGAAAAGAAUAAGCACACUCUUGAGAUCAAAACGCUUCAGGCAGCGGACCGUGGGCUGUAUGUGUGCAGGGCAUCUAAUAAUGUUGGGAUGGCUGAGUGCAGCAUGGAGCUGCGUGUUGUUGAUAAGCCCAACUUUGUAAAGCCCCUGGGCUCGGUUGCUGCCGUGGUGGGAGCUCCUCUUCACCUGGAAAGUCAGGUGGAUGAGGACACAGGAGUAACUGUUACCUGGACCAGAGAUGGUAGGAAAGUCCACCAAUCUCCAGACUGUAAACUGUCUUUUGAGAAUAAGACAGUAAAUCUUGAUAUACUAAAAACCACACUAAAAGAUUGUGGGAAUUAUGUGUGUAUGGUGGCAAAUGAUGCUGGAAGUGCUUCUUGCUCCACUUCCGUCAAAGUACAAGAGCCACCAGUCUUUGUAAAGAGACUGGAGGGUACAACAGUUUGGAAGCGAGGUAGCACAGCUCGGCUGCAGUGCACCGUCAAAGGAUCCCCCGAGCUUCACACCACCUGGUUCUUCAAUAACAGUGAGCUGUCCAGUGGUGGCAGAUACGCUGCCAGCUUUAAGGACGGUGUCGCCACUCUUGAGAUAAACAAUGUCAUGUUGAGUGACAGUGGGAGCUACAGCUGUGAGGUUCUGAACGAGUCAGGUUGUGAGAGUUGCAGCACCAAAGUGACAGUUAAAGAACCUCCAUCGUUCAUUAAGGAUGCACCCUCCAUAGAAGCAGUGAGAGGAUCAAUAGCUGUGUUGGAUUGCGAGAUUGCAGGUUCUGCACCAUUCGAAGUAACUUGGAAAAAGAACAAGAAACGCUUGUCCUCAGAUAAAAAGUACAGAGUAGUGUCACAAGGAUCACUGACCUCUCUGGAGAUCCACACAUUUGAGAGCACUGAUGCCGGUGAAUAUGAAUGUGUUGUUUCAAAUGAGGUUGGCUCAGUGACCUCUAACUCGGCGGUCAAACAGAAAGAGCCGCCUAUCUUCUCAAAGAGGAUUGAGAGUUCUACAGUGUUGUUGGGAAAUGCAGUGAAACUACAAGGAGUAGUGAAAGGCUCAGCUCCAAUUUCUAUAAAAUGGCUGAAAGACUCUAAGCUGCUAAUAGAUGAUGAUUCCAGUGUCACAACAACAUUUGAGAACAACAUUCCUUGCAUUUCCUUCACCUCUGUUGGGAUAAAGCAUGGUGGCAAGUAUACUUGCAUUGCUGAAAACGAGGCAGGGCAGCAGAAAUGUGAGGCUGUUCUCACCAUUCAAGAACCAGCUAAGAUCAUAGAGAAAGCAGCGUCCAUCAGUGUUACAGUUGGUGAAAUGGCUAUGCUUGAAUGCACCAUCUCUGGAAGCCCUGAGCUCAAAGUCAGAUGGUUCAAAGAUGGCAAAGAAAUGAUUAGCGGUCGUAAAUAUAAGAUGACUCUGAAGGAGAACACUGCUGUUCUGAAGAUACUUUCAGCAGAUAAAGGAGACACUUCAGAGUACAAGAUGGAGGUGUCCAAUAAAGUCGGAAAAGACGAGUGCACAUGCUCGGUCACAGUAAUAGAUCGUGCUGUUCCACCAUCCUUCACUAAAACUCUAAAAAAGAUGGAUGGAAGUAUUGGUAGUAAUGCUACCUUGGAGUGCAGAGUUGCUGGAUCGCAGCCAAUGGUUGUUUCUUGGUUCAAAGACGACAAAGAAAUUCGCAGUGAUAAUAAAUACAAGCUUGAUUUCAGUGAAAGUGCAGCCUCUUUGACAAUUACACAUCUUGAUCAAAGCGAUGGAGGAGUUUAUACGUGCCGGGCUUCAAACAAGGCCGGAGAAAAUGAGACCAGUGGAACACUGACAGUCAAAGAACCUCCAGCUUUCACAGUAAAACCUGAGUCGCAGGAUGUUCCACCAGGAACCAACGUUGUGAUAAAAGCAGCCUUCACUGGGUCUGCUCCACUACUGGUUAAAUGGUUCAGAGAGGAGAAAGAGAUUUUCUCUGCAGGAAAGUGUGUCAUAAAAAAGGAUGUCUCCUCAAGCUCUUUAGAGCUUUAUUCUGUAAAACCCAGUGACUCUGCUAAAUAUACCUGCCAAGUGUCAAAUGAUGCCGGGAAAGUGGAUUGCACUGCCAUCCUCUUCGUGAAAGAAGCUCCCACGUUCACAAUGAAGCUUGAGCCUUCACGGCUCCUAAAAGCUGGACAGCCUCUGAAGCUGUCCUGUAAAGUACAGGGGACUCCUGUAAUUUCCGUCAAAUGGAUGAAAAAUGGCUCUGAAAUCAUUUCUGACCACAGACACUUGAUGUCCUUUGAGAGCUCAGUAGCCUCUCUGGAGGUGGAGAACUGCUGUAUAGAAGAUAGUGGGGAGUAUAUGUGUUUGGCUUCUAGUGAGGCUGGGAGAGAUCAAUGCAGCUGCUCAGUAACCGUCAAAGAGCCUCCAGUGUUUGUAAAGCCUUUUGAAUCAGCUGAGUUUGUGAAAGGAUCUGACAUUGUCCUGACAGGAACCGUUUCAGGUUCCCCACCAUUUGAAAUAAGUUGCUUCCUUAAUGAUAAGCUGAUCAGAAGCAACAAAAAACAUCAGAUCCAUGUUCAAAAAGGCACAGUCACUCUUCAGAUAUCUGACUGUGACAGCAGGGAUGAUGGGACGUACCGCUGCACGGUUGCAAAUGAUGCUGGGGAGACUACUUGUUCUUGCCAGGUUUCUUUGAAAGAACCACCAUCAUUUAUCGAAAGACCACAGGACAUGUCCUGCAUGGUGGACUCUGAAAUCUCUAUGAAAUGCAUGUGUUCUGGAGCACUUCCCAUGACAUUCCGAUGGAACAAGGAUGAUCACGAGCUCACUGAAGACGAGCAUGUUAAGAUGUCCUAUGAAACCAACAGUGCUGAGUUGAAUUUGAAAAAUGCCCAGUUAUCCCACAGUGGGAAAUAUGUGUGUGAGGCUGAGAACAAAGUUGGAACUCAGAGAUGUACCGCCAUGGUCACGGUGACAGAACGUAAAGUACCUCCAAACUUCACUAAGAGGCCGUCUGAGUCCAUCGUGGAUUCAGCUGGUAAGGUAGUAAAGAUGGAGGCUCGGGUGUCCGGUUCCCAGCCACUGACCAUCACCUGGUACAAGGACAACCAAGAGAUCUAUGCCUCUGGAAAAUAUGACAUCAGCUUCAAGAACAACAUGGCUGUGAUGUGUAUCAGAGACUCUGCGGUUUCUGACAGCAGUGUCUACACCUGUGAGGCUUCCAACGAAGCAGGGAAAGUGUCAUGUCAGGUGUCCCUCACGGUUUCAGAAACUGGUCAGCCUCCUAAAUUUGACGUCCCUCUGGAACCGGUCACAGUGAACGAGGGGGAGAAGCUGAGCCUCAAAUGCCAUGUUAGAGGCUCCUCUCCUCUGACCAUCCAGUGGAUGAAGGACAGGAGGGAGCUGAAGUCCAGUGAUAAAACCAAAAUCACAUUUGUUGGUGGGACGGCCUCCCUGGAGGUCAGCUCUGCAUCAAAGGCAGACGCAGGGGAUUAUCUGUGCAAAGCCAGCAAUGCAGUCGGUAGUGACUUCUGCAAGUCCAAGGUCACUGUGAAGGACAAAGGAGCCAAGCCUUCACCCACCGAGGCACCAACCCCUGCUGCAGCUGCCCCAGUCAAAAAGCUUGACAACCUUUUCUUCAUUGAGGAACCGAAAAACAUUUCAGUCACAGAGAAGGGCACUGCAACCUUCAUCGCCAAGAUUGGAGGUGAUCCAAUCCCCAGCGUAAAGUGGAUGAAGGGCAAAUGGAGACAGAUCACCCCUGGUGGUCGUAUCUCCAUCGAGCACAAGGGCCAGGAUGCCAAACUGGAGAUCAGAGAGGUGACCAAGUCCGACUCUGGUCUCUACAGGUGUGUCGCCACUAACAAACAUGGAGAGAUCGAGUCCAGCGCUGACAUGGAAGUCACCAAAAAGGAAGAAGGGGAAGGAAUUGGAGAUAUCAGAACAAAACUUAAGAAAACUCCCUCCAAGCAAAAGAGCCCAAAGAAACUUGAAAACAUCAGUAUUGUUGACUUGCUACGAGGUCAUGACCCUAAGGACUAUGAGAGGAUCCUCCGGGAACAUGGAAUCCAUGACUACAGGGCCAUCCUGCAGGCUGUGGAGUUCCUGAAGAGGGAGAAGGAGAUGGAAACUGGAAAAGCGGGGGUGGAACAUGGUGGUCGGGUUGAAGAGGAGGACAUGGCCAGACUAAUCCAGCAGCUGGAGGGACGUGUCGACACAGAGCCUGUGUCUGUGAUGGAAGACAUAUCUGACCAGACAACCACAGAGAACCAAACAGCAACAUUUGAGUGCGAGAUCCAGAUCAACUACCCAGAGAUCUCUCUGACCUGGUACAAGGGAACGCAGAAACUGGAGAACAGUGAUAAAUAUGAGAUCAGCAGUGUGGGCGACCGCCACUAUCUGAAGAUUAGGAACUGCCAGGUCAAAGAUGAGGGAAACUUCCGUGUGGUGUGUGGUCCUCACAUCUCCAACGCCAAACUCACCGUAACAGCCGACCAAAUUCAGUUUACUAAACGCAUCCGAAACAUCGAAGUCAGCGAACGUCACUCCGCCACCUUCGAGUGUGAGUUGUCCUUUGACAACGCAACCGUUACGUGGUACAAAGACUCGUGGGAGCUCAAAGAAAGCCCCAAAUAUAACUUCAGGACAGAAGGCCAACGGCACUUUAUGACGAUCCGCAACGUGACAGCAGAGGACGAAGGCGUUUACUCCGUGAUCGCUCGCCUGGAGCCAAUGGGAGAAGCUCGAAGCACCGCCGAGCUUUACCUCUCAGGCAAAGACGUUGUGUUAGGAAAGGUUCCUCAGGACUUCCCAGAUUCGUCAGUUCAGCUCCCAGACAUGGGUUCCAUGAUCAUUUCCCAUGAAUCCUCCGAAUUUUAUCACCACGAGGAACGAUCUGAAGUCAAAGAGUUUAAGAGUCUCACGGUUGAAGAAGAAACGGUUUCGGUUCGGUACUCCUCCGUCUCAGAAGAGAAAAAAGCUGUGGAAGAAUAUGUUGGCCGUACUGAAGUCAGAGAGGAAAUCACUUCAGUUCACGAGAUUUACAGGAAACCAGAAGAGAAACCCUCUGAGCGCGAAGCUCCGCACCCACCUGCUGUCACAGAACCUGAGGUAAAGAAGCCACGGCCUGAUACUUUCACAACUCCUCAGCGAGAAGAACCGACAGUACCACAAGUAUUCACCGAACCAAAGGCUGAACCCAAGCCAAAAGAACCAGAAAAGGUUCCUCAAGAACCAAAACGACAGCUUCAGAAGCCAGAGGUACCUGAACCAAAAGUGACCGAAGCACCAGAAGUAAAACCUGCCAAGAAAACUCCUGCAGUUUCUGAACCGAGAGUCCCAGCUGUAACCAAACCAGUGGAGGCCAAAGUCCAUCCAGUCGCUGAGAGGAUUGCUCCUCCAAAGCCUGAGGAGAUCUUACCAAGAGCACCAGUGCUACCAAAAGCAGAAGAACCUUUAGUCCAUCCAUCAGCAGCUGUGGUUACACCAUCAGCACCAGAACGCCGACCAGCUGAAGUAAAAGAUGUAACCAGACCAGAGAAAGCAGUCGUCCAAACACCUGAAUCUAAAAUCCUUCCACUCUGGACUGAAGCUGCUCCAGUUAAAGUUGCCUCAGAAAGGAAGGAGCUUGACGUUACUGGAAAACCAUCGCCAUUGGUUGCCAGGAGUGAGCCAGAGGUACUCAAGUUCACUCCUCAAACACAAGAAGAACCAAAGUUUGGAGAAAAAACUAAGGUUUUUGAAGAAGUGGAGAAGGUUAUCAAGUUUCCUAAAACGUUUGAUGAAGCCAAAAUGCCAACAGAAAUUGAGAGGUUCCCUGAUGCAACAAAAAUGGUUCCAGAAACGCAGACAAAGAUUCCAGAAAAAACAAAGAUGAUUAUUGAAACACCAAAGGUGGUUUCUGAAGCACCAGCCAAGAUUCCAGAAAAGUCAGAAGGGGAAAUAAAAAGAGGUCAAGAGGUUCCCAAAAAGGUACCAGAAACACAGACAAAGGUUCCAGAAAAAACAAAGAUGAUUAUUGAAACACCAAAGGUGGUUUCUGAAGCACCAGCCAAGAUUCCAGAAAAGUCAGAAGGGGAAAUAAAGAGAGGUCAAGAGGUUCCCAAAAAGGUACCAGAAACACAGACAAAGGUUCCAGAAAAAACAAAGAUGAUUACUGAAUCACCAAAGGUGGUUUCGGAAGCACCUUCCAAGGUCGCAGAAAAGUCAGAAGAGGAGAUAAGAUGGGGUCAAGAGCUUCCCAAAAGGAUUCCAGAAACACAAAAGAUGAUUCCAGAAAAACCAAAAGAAAAGAAAGUUUUACAGGAACCAGAGAAGAUUUUGAUUGUUUCCAAAAAAGUUCCUGAAACACCAAAGAAGGUUAUAGAGGAAAUGAAGGUUAAGGAGCCACCAUCAGACCUAAAGAGUAAAACAGAAGCUCCACAGGUUGAAAUAGUGAAGACACCUCCAGGUUAUAGAGCCCCACAGCAACAAGACAAGGCUGAAAAAACUCAGCAACAAGUGUCUCCUCCUGAAGUGAAGAAACCUUCUGCACCAGCACCAAAGCCUUCAUACCCUCCAAAAGUUACUCCUCCUGCAGAGGAGAAGAAACCUUCUGAGCCAGAACCAAAGCCUACACAUCCUCCUCCUCCUAAAGUUACUGCUCCAGCAGAGGAGAGGAAACUUUCUGCACCAGAACCAAAGCCUUCACCUCCUCCUCCCAAAGUUACUCCUCCUAUAGAGGAGAAGAAACCUUCUGCACCAGAACCAAAGCCUUCACCUCCUCCUCCUAAAGUUACUCUUCCUACAGAAGAGAAGAAACCUUCUGCACCAGAAGCAAAGCCUUCACUUCCUACGCCUCAGAAAGUUACUCCUUCUACAGAGGAGAAGAAACCUUCUGCACCAGAAGCAAAGCCUUCACCUCCUGCUCCACCUCAGAAAGUUACUCCUUCUGCAGAGAAGAAAGCAGCACCAGAACCAAAGCCUUCACCACCUGCUCCUCCUCCACCUCCUCCUCAGAAAGUUACUCCUGCAGAGGGGAAGAAACCAUCACCAGAGCCAAAGCCCUCAGUUCCUCCUCAAAAAGUUUCUCCUCCUGCAGAGGAGAAGAAACCAUCCGUAUCUGUACCAGCAGCUCCUUCACCCAAAGUUGCUCCUCCUGCAGUGUCUCCUCCAGAGGAAAAGAAACCCUCUGCACUAUCAAGAGAACAACCAGCAGAAAAAGUAGUUUCUCCAGAAGCUCCAGUUGCACCAGUGGAGAAGAAACCUUCUGAGCCCAGUGUAAAGGCUGAACCUACCACCGUUUCUGAAAGAAUUUCUCCACCUGAAGACAAGGAACCAGUUUCAGCUCCUGGACCAACUAAAGUGCCAACUCUUAAGCAAAAGGGUAAAAUUCCCAUUAAAGAGGAGAAAACUACUGAGGUUCCUAAACUAAAGAGUAAAAUGACCAUAAAACCCAAAGAGAAAGAGCCAGAAAUGGAGACCAUUCAGUUGAAGAAGGUUCCGGUAAAACCUCCAGAGCCCGAGAAACAGGUUGUAACUCAUAAAGCAGAAGUGAUAAGACAUCAUGAUCCAGAACUAUCAGUGAGGGAACUUCAUGAUAGAGAAGAGCGGGAGAUCAUAACCCUUGGAAGAACUGAACGAGUCUUUACAGCAGAACAGGGAACAAUUCAACUGAGUCAAAUUGAGGAGACUGAAACAAUUAAAAUUGUCCAAACAACAGAGAAAGAAGGUUGGACAAGAACCACAAAACCCAAGACAGAAGAGGAACCCGAGGUUCCCAGUAUAGAGAAGAAGAAAAUAAAGAAACUACCAAAGACAGAGGAGCAACAAGAAUCUGUGAAACUAAAACCAUUUGAAAAGCCUGGAAAGUUAGAACAAGAGCAAGAGCAGAUCAAACUGAAACAGGUUCCAAGUAAGCCCAAAGAACUUGAAAAGGAAAUUUCAAAGGAUAAGACUAAAAUGACAAAACAACAUGACGCAGAACCGAGAGCCCAGAAGACUCAAGAGAGAGAAGAUCGAGAGAUGAUCCCACUUGGAAAACCUGAAAGAGUCUCCGUUCCUGCUGAGGAGCCAUCUAAAGCUGGUCAAACAGAAAAACCUGAACAGCCAGAGGAAGAAGAGAAAUCUAAGUGGACCAGAACCACAAAGGCACCAAAGGAAGGAGACGCUGAGCCAGAUUUAUCAAAGAAGAAAAUCAAGAAAUUACCAAAGAAAGAUGAAGAACCAGAAGUUGUGACAUUGAAGCCUUUUGAAAAACCCACAAAACAAGAAGCAUCCAAACAAGCAAAGACUGAAGAUGAAGGUCGGGCAAAGACAGAUACUGAGCGCUCUCCUUUUAAAUUGGGUGAGAUGUUGCUCAAAGAUCAACCUACAUCAGCUCUAAAAAACAAAGAAGACAAAGAUGUUUCUUUGACAAGUUCUGACACAAGUCCGGAUAUUACCAAAUCCCAACCAGAACUACCACAAAAGAAAAAGGAUGAUCAAGUACCUAAGGAUGAAGAAACUACAGCAACUGAUAAACUUAAAGUUAAACCUAAAGUCAUUCCUAAACCACAGGAAAAGGAAGAGCAGGUUGUGUUGAAGCCUUUCACCAAAGUCACUAAGCCAGAAAAAGUCCCUGAUGAACAGAUAAAGAAGCCUGUAGACACAAAGGUGCCAGACAAGACAACCAAAGACAUGAAAGAUACAGAGAAACAGAAACCUGUGAAGGAGGAACCGUCUGUUCCAGCCAAGAAACCAAGUCCUACAGGUCUUAAAGAGACGAUCUCACCUACUGAAGCAGAGAAGUUCCCAGCAAAACCAUCUGAUGUGCUAAAGAAAGAUGUUGAACUCAAAAAGACUCCUUCUCCCAUGGUCAGUACAGAGAAAGCAGAAGACAAAAAGCCCACAAAGCCUGUUGAGGAGCCGAAGAAGAUUGAGCUAAAAAAGACUCCACCGUCUAAGGUGGAGAAGCAGAAAGACUUGGAGAAAGUUCCAGCUGAGAGAAAGCCAAGUUCUGAAAAAGUCAAAGAGAUCCCAAAAGCUGUUUCCCCCAAAGACUCAGUUGAAGCCAUAACACUCAAAAAAGUUCCCAAGAAGCCAUCAGUGGGAGAGGUCUCAGAAUCAGAAAAGCCUGAUAAAGGUCGGAUUCCCCUUUCGAAGGAGAUUUCUCCGGGAGCUGUGCAAAUGAAGAGGGUGACAACUCAGCCUGAGGAGGAGGUCUUUAAAAAUGAGCCUGAAGAAGGCGAGGUUGAGGAGGAAUCCUGGGGCUGGGAUCUUGUUCCUUCAGAGGACUGGGAAGGUGAAGAGGUGGAUGGGGCCCUUGAGACUCCGGGUAUGCCUGGUGCCAGACGAGAUGGAAAACCAAGUGACGAACCUUCGAAAGGAAGAGGCAGAGGAUUUGGGGCAAGACAAACUCCCUCUCCUGGUGAUGGUGGAAAGGGUCGGGGCAUGAAACCCGGUGGAAAAGGUCCAUCACCACCAGAGGAACCAUUUGCAGGCUUCAAGCUCAAACCUGUGGCUUUGAAGUUUGUGAAGAAGAUUCAAGACAUUGUGCUGCAGGAGGCCGAGUCCAUCGGCUCAUCGGCCGUGUUUGAGUGUGAGGUUACACCCUCUACGGCUGUCACAUCCUGGAUGAAGGAUGACAGCAACCUGCGUGAGAGUCCCAAGCAUAAGUUCACCUCUGAUGGCAAAGAUCGGAAGCUGCACAUCAUUGAUGUCCAGCUGUCCGACACUGGAGAAUACACCUGUGUGGCCAAAAAUGCUGGAAAGGAGAUUACCUGCACUGCUAAGCUCAUAGUUGAGGAGCUCCCUGUAAAAUGGCUGAAGGAGUUGGAACCUGAGACCUCAUGCAUGAAAGGUCAACCAAUGUACCUGAUCUGUGAGCUGAACAAAGAAAGAGACGUGGUGUGGAAGCUUAACGGAGAGCUUCUGAAGAAAAAGGCUGGAAAAGUAGCCAUUAAUGUGAUUGGUAUGCAGCACGCUGUGACCAUCCAGAACGCCACUGAUGAGGAUGCAGGCCUCUACACCUGUGAAGUAGAUGGUCAGGCAGACGUCAAAACUUCAACCACCGUCAAAGUGAUUGAAGUCAUCAAAGACUGGCUGGUAAAGCCUCUGAGGGACCAGCAUGUGAAACCAAAGUCCAAGGCCACAUUCAAAUGCGAGCUGUUCAAAGACACUCCCAAUUGGAAAUGGUACAAAGGCGAGAACGAACUCCCUCCUUCUGACAAAGUUGAGAUCAACAAAGAUGGAAAGAACAUGACUCUCACCAUCAACAACUGCCAACCUGACGAUGUGUCAGAUUACACCAUCGAAGUUGAAAAUCGAAGAUACACAGCCAAACUCACACUGGGAGAGCGUGAAGCUGACAUCCUGAAACCUCUUGCCAGUGCUGAGGUGGUUGAGAAGGAGGAAGCUCACUUCGAUACUGAAAUAUCUGAGCAGGAUAUUCCUGGUGAAUGGAAACUCAGAGGCCAGGUGUUGACCAGGUCUCCGACAUGUGACAUUAAAGCAGAGGCCGGAAAGCGCUUCCUUACACUGAAGAAUGUGCAGCUGGAUCAGGCUGGAGAAGUGUCGUACCAGGCUCUGAAUGCUGUCACCAGUGCCAUGCUCACUGUUAAAGAGAUCGAAAUGGGCUUUGUUGAAACGCUGAAGGAUGUGUCUGUGCCCGAAAAGAAACAGGCUAAGUUUGAAUGCACCAUCACUAAGGAUAUACCAAAGGUCAUGUGGUUUAAGGGGGUUGAAAUCAUCACCCCCAGCCCCAAAUAUGAAGUAAUUGAUGAUGGAAAGAAACACAUGCUGAUUGUAAACAGCUGUGAGUUUGAUGAUGAGUCUCAGUAUUCGAUAGAGGUAUUGGACAAAAGGUCAACAGCUCAGCUGACGGUGGAAGGCAUGAGGCUCAAAUUUGUGCAGCAACUUAAGGACCAAACAAUCAAAGAAGGUAACUCGGUGCGCUUUGAUAUCGAGUUGACUCACGAGAACGUGCCGGUGGUUUGGUACCGAAACGAAGUCAAACUCCACGUGAGUCGAACGGUGCUCAUGCACGUGGAAGGAAGGAGACACACUCUAGAAAUGAGGAGUUUGAGUCUAGAUGAUACCUGCCAGAUAAAGGCAGAAGCCAAGGGAAUUUACUCCUCAGCCAAACUGACAGUCAUAGAGGGAGAUGCCGUCUUCCUGGUGAAGCUGCGGGAUUACACUGCCACCGAGAAAGACGAGGUGUCGCUGGACUGCGAGCUCAGCAAAGACGUUCCUGUGGUCUGGUAUCACAAUGAGAAGGAAGUCGUUGCCUCCAAGUUGUUGGUCAUGAAGUCAGAAGGCACCCGCAGAUCUCUGGUCCUGAAGAAAGUGGCGCAAAAUGAUCAAGGGAAAUACGUAUGUGACUGUGGAACAGACAAAACAUCGGCCAACAUAAUGAUUGAAGCACGUGACGUUAAGGUUGUGCGGCCGAUUUACGGCGUGGAGCUGUUUGAUGGUGAGACAGCUCGUUUCGAGGUUGAGAUCUCUGAGGACGACGUGCACGGGCAGUGGAAGCUGAACGGAGAAGCGCUCAACCCUUCCUCUGAUGUGGACAUCAUAGAGGAAGGAGGCAAACACACUCUGAUCCUGUACAACUGUAAGGUGUCCAUGACCGGAGAGGUGUCUUACUCUGCAGCCAAUGCCAAAUGCUCUGCCAACCUGAAGGUCAAAGAACUUCCUCUGAACUUCCUUACACCGCUGAGCGACGUUCAGGUGUAUGAGAAGGAUGAGGCCCGGUUCGAGGUGGAGGUGUCGAGACCUCCAAAGAGCUUCCGCUGGCUCAAAGGCUCCCAGGAGCUGACGGGCGACGACAAGUACGAGAUGAUACAGGAGGGCAAUAUGUACGUUCUGGUGAUCCGAUCAGCGGCCUUUGACGAUGAGGCCAAGUACAUGUUUGAGGCAGAGGACAAGAGGACCACUGGCAAACUUGUUAUUCAGGGUAUUCGCUUGGAGUUUGCCAAACCCAUUAAGGACGUAACAGUGAAAGAGAGAGAAACAGCAGAGUUCAGCGUUGAACUGUCUCAUGAAAACAUCUCAGUGGUUUGGUACAAAAACGACGUCCGGCUGCUUCCCAGUAAGGUGGUCCAUAUGUCGGAUCAGGGGAAAGUCCACACUCUGGCCUUCAAGGAGGUGACGAUCGACGACACCUCUAUGAUCAAGGUGGAGGGCAUGGACAAGAGCAUGACAGCCAUGCUCACUGUCAUCGAGGGUGACUUGUACUUCACCACCAAGCUGCAGAACUACACUGCUGUGGAGAAGGACGAGGUGAAGCUGGUCUGUGAACUUAGCAAAGCCGUUGCUGAUGUGAAAUGGUUUAAGGACGGGAAGGAGAUCACUCCAUCCAAGAACAUCGCCAUCAGCACCGAUGGAAAGAAGAGAAUCCUGAUGGUCCGGAAGGCAGAGAAGGCCAACAUUGGAGAGUAUACCUGCGACUGUGGCUCAGACAAAACCACAGCAAACCUCAACAUUGAAGAGCGUGAUAUCAAGGUUGUCCGUCCCCUGUACAGCGUGGAGGUCACUGAGACAGAGACAGCCAGGUUUGAAACUGAGAUUUCUGAGGAGGAUGUCCACGGAAACUGGAAACUGAAGGGAGAAGCUCUGCACCAGUCUGCGGACGUGGAGAUUAAAGAGGAAGGAACCAAACACAUGCUGAUCCUUUAUAAUGUCCGCAUGGACAUGGCCGGAGCUGUUGACUUCUCUGCAGCCAAUGCCAAAUCCAACGCUCAGCUCAGGGUCAAAGCUCGCUCCAUCACGCAGAUACGUCCACUGAAGGAUGUGACAGUGACAGCCGGAGAGACAGCUACCUUCGAGUGUGAGCUCUCAUAUGAAGGCAUCGAAGUGGAGUGGUUCGUUGGAGGACAGAAGAUGGAAGCCAGCGACCGGGUAAAGACUCGGGUGGCAGGAAGAGUUCACACUCUGACUGUCCGAGAUGUGAAACUGUCAGAGGCUGGGGAGGUCAAAGUGACUGCCAAAGAUUUCCUGACUCAAGCUCAGCUCUUUGUUGGAGAGCCACCAGUAGAGUUCACAAAGCCUCUGGAAGACCAGACAGUGGAGGAAGAGGCCACCGCCACGCUGGAGUGUGAAGUCUCAAGAGAGAACGCCGAAGUGCGCUGGUUGAGGGAGGGUCAAGAAAUCAGAAAGACCAAGAAGUAUGACACCAUUGCUGAUGGACGCAAGAGAGCACUUAUCAUCCAUGACUGCUCUCCAGAUGAUGCCAAAAUGUACACAUGUGAUGCUAAGGAGUUCAAAACUUCAUGCUUCCUGGAGGUUACACCUCCUUAUGUGGAGUUUACAAAACCACUACAGGAUGUGGAAGUCAGAGAGAAAGAAUCAGCCAGGUUUGAAUGUGAAGUCUCCCGCGAGUCUGCCAAGGUUCGCUGGUUUAAGGACGGCAGCGAGAUCAGGAAGGGAAAGAAGUAUGAAAUCAUUGCUAAAGGAGUGCAGAGAAUCCUCAUCAUCCACAAGUCAGUGUUUGACGAUGAGGCAGAGUACGAAUGUGAUGCCAGAACCUUCAAGACGUCUGGCAUGCUCACUGUCAUUGAGGAAGCAGCCACAUUCACCAAGAACCUGUCCAAUGUGGAGGGAACUGAGACAGACAGCGUAAAGAUGAUCUGUGAAGUUUCCAAGGCCAGUGCUGAGGUUACCUGGUACAGAGGAGAUGAAGAACUGCCAGAGGGCGGACGCUACGAUCAGAUCAUGGACGGUCGCAGGAGGAUCUUGAUCAUCCAGGACCUGAGGAUGGAAGAUGCUGGAGAGUACAACUGCAGACUGAGUCCGACUGUCAGAACAUCUGCUACCCUAAAACUCAAUGAACUGGCAGCGGAGUUCAUCUCUCGUCCUCAGAACCAGGAAGUGGUAGAGGGUGAGCAGGCUGAGUUCUCCUGCACAGUGUCCAAAGACACCUAUGAGGUGAAGUGGUUCAGAGGUGAACGAGAGAUCCAAGCUGGAGACAAAUACACAAUCAUCAGUGAAGGAAAGAGAAGGGCUCUGAUUGUGAAAAAAUGUGACCUGAAGGAUGAGGGUGGUUAUGUUGCUCACAUCGGCAGCGUUAAAGCUCCUGCUGAUCUCUGUGUGAUAGAAAAACUGAGGAUCGUUACACCAAUUAAAGACACUGAGGUGAAGGAAGGAAGCGAGAUUGUGUUCAACUGUGAGACCAAUACUGAGGGAGGCAAGGCCAAGUGGCUAAAGAAUGAGGAGACCAUUUUUGAAAGCAGCAAGUACAUGAUGGUUCAGAGAGACAACGUCUUCUCUCUGAGGAUCAAAGAUGCCCAGAAGGCAGAUGAGGCCACCUAUACUGUCUCUCUGACUAACAACAGAGGAGAACAGGCCAAGUGCUCUGCCAGCGCUAAAGUUGCAGAGGAAAAACUCAAAUUCCUGGAGCCCAUUGAAGACAUUGAGACUCAGGAGAAGAAGACUAUCAGCUUUGUUUGUAAAGUGAACCGGUCUGAGGUGACCGUAAGAUGGAUGAAGGCCGGCCAGGAGGUGACACUCAGCAAACGCAUUGUCUACAGAGCUGAUGGACUCAAACACACCCUGACUAUCAAAGAUUGUGCCAUGGAAGAUGAGGGCGAGUACACUGCCAUGGUUGGAGAUGACAAGUGUGCUGCUGAGCUGAUUAUUAGCGAGGCGCCAACUGACUUCACAGGGCAGCUCAGAGAUCAGACUAUUACUGAAUUUGAGGAUGCAGAGUUCACUUGCAAGCUGAGCAAGGAGAAGGCUGCUGUCAAGUGGUACAAGAAUGGACGAGAGAUCCGAGAAGGACCGAGAUAUCAUAUGGAAAAAGAAGGCAAAACAUGCAGAUUGAUCAUCAAGGUGUGCAGACCAGAUGACGAGUGUGAAUAUGCCUGUGGUGUAGAUGAGAGAAGGACCAGAGCCAGGCUUUUUGUUGAAGAGACCCCAGUGGAGAUCAUCAGGCCACCACAGGACAUGUUUGAACCUCCAGGCUCAGAUGUCGUGUUUGAGGUUGAGCUCAACAAGGACAGAGUGGAGGUUAAGUGGAUGAGAAACAACAUGAUCAUUGUGCAGGGUGACAAGUACCAGAUGAUCAGUGAGGGGAAGAUCCACAGGUUACAAGUCUGUGAGAUCAGACCCAGAGACCAAGGAGAGUACCGCAUUGUGGCCAAAGACAAGGAUGCCCGGGCCAAACUGGAGCUGGCAGCUAUUCCAAAGAUCAAGACCACUGACCAGAAUCUGGUGACGGAUGCUGGAAAACCCUUCAUCAUGACGGUUCCGUAUGAUGCCUACCCUCGUGCUGAUGCAGACUGGUUCUUUGAUGGCAAAAGCUUACCUGUUCAAAACAUUGAUACUUCACUUGACAAAACCGAGUACCGUCUUAAGAGCCCUACCAAGGAGGACCAGGGCCGGUACAGAGUGGUAAUCAAAAACAAACAUGGUGAGGGUGAGGCUUUCAUCAACCUGGAUGUGAUUGAUGUCCCUGGACCUAUUAAGAACCUAAGGGUGGUUGACACUGCUGAUGGUGAGGUCAGCUUAGCCUGGGAGGAGCCUGAGAAUGAUGGUGGCAGCAAGAUUAUCGCUUAUGUGGUAGAACGACGCGAUGUAAAGAGGAAGACCUGGACCCUUGCUACAGACCGGGCUGAUACUCCAGAAUACUGUGUCAGUGGUCUCCAGCAGGACUCCCUGUACCUGUUCAGAGUCUGUGCUCGUAACAGAGUUGGUCCUGGUCCUAUAGUUGCCACUGACGAUGCCGUUCAGGCCAAGAACAAGUUUGAUGUUCCAGACGCUCCAGAAAAUGUUGGCCUUGGUGUGGUGAACAGGUUUGGAGCCACUGUCAACUGGGAGCCUCCUAAGUUUGAUGGGGGCUCAGAAAUCACUGCAUACGUGAUUGAGCUCCGUGACAGAACCUCUGUGAAAUGGGAGGCGGCCCUGGUGUGUGGAGCCAGUGAUCGAUCGGCUACACUGAAUGACGUAGUGGAGCACAAGGAGUACAUCUUCAGAGUUCGAGCUGAAAACAAGGCCGGAAUUGGAAGGCCUAGUGCUGCAACCAACCCAGUGAAGAUCAUGGACCCCAUUGAGAGGCCAAGUCCACCUCUGAACCUGAACUACAAUGACCAAAUCAACACCGCUGUCACUCUGACCUGGGAAACCCCAUUAAGCAACGGUGGAAGCAUGAUCACCGGGUACAUUAUCGAGAAAUGUGAUGAGGGCUCAGACAAGUGGUUACGCUGCAACGCCAGACUAUGUCCUGACCUCUCCUACCGGGUUUCUGGACUAAAGCCUGGUCAGAAGUACCUGUACAGAGUGUGUGCUGAGAAUGCUGCUGGUGUCUCAGAUCCAGCAGAACAGCUUGGACCACUGCUUGCCGACGACCCACAUGUUGGUCCAACCUUUGAUCUAAGCGGCUUUAGGAAUGGCCUGGAAGUUAUUGUCCCUCAGCCUCUCGCCAUCAGGGUCCCCAUUACCGGAUACCCCACUCCCACAGCUAAGUGGAACUUUGGAGAAAAGGAGCUGACCACAGCAGAGGAGCGUGUCUCCAUGGUAACAAAGCCAACGUUUACAGAGCUGACAAUCUCUCCAAGUGUCCGUCCUGAUAAAGGCACAUACACCCUGCACCUGGAGAAUGAUGUCACAUCUGUCUCCGGAGAGAUUGAGGUCAAUGUCAUCGCAUGUCCAAGUGCACCCAAAGACUUUAAAGUAGCUGAGGUAACUCGGCACCAUGUCCACCUGAUGUGGGAGCCACCAGAACAUGAUGGAGGAAGUCCAGUUACCCACUAUCAAAUAGAAAAGAGAGAGGUUUCCCGCAAGACCUGGGCCAAGGUUGCUACUGGUGUCAUGGAUCUGGAGCACACAGUAACAGAUGUGAUUGAGGGAAAAGAAUAUCUGUUUAGCGUUAUUGCCUGCAACAAGUGUGGUCCUGGAGAACCAGCAUACAUAGAUGAGCCCGUAAACGUCUCGUCACCUGCUACUAUUCCUGAUCCUCCUGAGAACCUAAAAUGGCGUGAUAAGAGUGGCAAGAGCAUCUUCCUUUCCUGGGAACCUCCAAAGUAUGAUGGUGGUGCUCCGAUUAAAGGUUACGUGGUUGAUAAAUGUCAGCGUGGGACAGACAAGUGGGAACCCUGUGGUGACCCCAUGCCUGAACUCAAGUUCCAGGUGACAGGACUGAUCGAGGGCCAGUGGUACGCCUAUAGAAUCAGAGCAGUGAACAAGUUGGGGGCCAGCAGACCCUGCAGGGCCACUGAUGAGAUUCAAGCUGUAGAUGCUCGAGAACCUCCAGAGAUCCAGCUGGAUGUGAAGCUUCUGGCAGGCCUUACUGCCAGAGCAGGCACCAAGAUUGAGCUUCCUGCAGACGUCAAAGGACAGCCUGAUCCUCGUGUAAAAUGGACCAAGGCUGACUUAGUCCUACGGGCUGAUGACCGUAUAACCAUUGAGACCCAGCCGGGACACUCCAAAGUUUCCAUAGGCAACACCACCAGAGAAGACACGGCCACUUACAUCAUAGAGGCAGUCAACAUCUGUGGACGCGCCACUGCCACCAUUGAUGUCAACAUCCUAGAUAAACCGGGCCCGCCAGCUGCCUUUGAUAUCUCAGAGAUCACCAACGAGUCCUGCGUUUUGGCGUGGAACCCUCCCAGAGAUGACGGUGGCUCACCCAUCACCAACUACAUUACUGAAGCUCGUCAGAUAGACAAAGAGGAGUGGGUCAAAUUGUCAGCCACUGUGAAGGAUACCACCUUCAAGGCCUGCAAGCUUAUUGCUAUGAAGGAGUAUGUCUUCAGAAUCAGUGCUGAGAACCAGUAUGGCAUUGGCAUACCUACAGAGCACACACCAAUCAUUGCAAAGUACUCUUUUGAUCCCCCUGGUCCUCCAACCAGAGUCACUCCUUCUGACAUUGCCAAGGAUGCAGUGACACUGACCUGGUUUGAGCCAGAUGAGGAUGGUGGCAGCCCCAUCACAGGAUACUGGAUCGAGAAGUUUGAUCAAGAGAGCGACAAGUGGAUACGAUGCAACAAACUGCCCAUAAAGGACACAACUUUCAGGGUAAAAAGUCUUCCCACCAAGAAGAAGUACAGCUUCCGUGUUUUGGCAGAGAAUCUAGCUGGACCUGGAAAACCAAGUGCAGAGACAGAUCCUGUGCUUAUCAAAGAUCCCAUUGAUCCUCCAUGGGCACCCGGAAAACCUGUUGUCAGGGAAGUUGGCAAGACCACUGCCUUGUUAGCAUGGACACGACCGGAGCACGAUGGUGGGGCAAAGAUUGAAGGUUACAUCAUUGAGUUCCAGAAGACUGGAAGCGAGGAAUGGAUCCGUAUUGCAGAGGAUGUUCCUCAGACAGAGCACCAGCUGCAGGGUCUGAUGGAGAAGCAGGAGUACUCAUUCAGAGUUAAAGCUGUCAAUAAAGCCGGUGAGAGUGAACCCAGCGACCCCAGUGACCCUGUGGUCUGCAAGGAGAGACUCUACCCUCCAUCUGCUCCUCAGUGGCUGGAGGUCACCAACGUCACCAAGAUCAGCGCUGAUCUAAAAUGGCAGGCUCCAAGCAGUGAUGGAGGUUCACCCAUCACAAACUAUGUGGUGGAAAAGAGAGAUGUGAGGCGGAAGGCCUGGCAGACUGUUGACACUACCAUCAAGGAGCUCAAAUACUCAGUGACUCCCCUCAAUGAAGGAUCGCUCUACGUGUUCAGAGUUGCUGCUGAGAAUGCCGUUGGAAUGGGAGAGUUCUGCGAGCUGGAGGAUGCAGUUCUCGCCAAGGAUACAUUCACAACUCCUGGACCUCCAUACGCCCUAACAGUGAUGGAAGUCACUAAGAGACAUGUGGAGCUCAAGUGGGAACCUCCAAAAAGCAAUGGUGGAAGACCUAUCACCAAGUAUGUGAUUGAAAAGAAAGAAAAGGUUGGAACUCGAUGGCUGAAGUGCUGCAAGACUCCAGAUAAACAGACGCAGUUCAAGGUGACAGAUGUUGAUGAAGGAUCAGAGGUGCAGUUCCAGGUCAGAGCUGAGAAUGAAGCCGGAGUGGGAGAUCCAAGUGAGCCCACUGUCAUCCUCACCAUCGAGGAUCCAACAAGUCCUCCAUCUCCUCCUCUGGAUGUGGCCAUUGUUGAUGCCAGCAGGGAACACAUCAAUGUCACCUGGAAACCACCAGCCAAAGAUGGCGGCUGUCCAAUAACUGGAUACCAUGUUGAGGUGGCAGAGGCUCGUCCAGAACUCAAGUGGCUAAGGGUAAAUGCCCGGCCCAUUAAAGAGCUGAAGUUUAGGAUUGAUGAUGGAAUCAAACCAGAGAAAAAGUAUGUGAUUAGAGUUCGUGCCAUCAACUCUAUUGGUGUAAGCGAUCCCUCUGAAAUCUCCGACAAAGUUGCUACCAAAGAUCCUGACUGUGCUCCAACCAUGGAUCUGGAUGCACAGGAUGUGAUUGUGGUUGAAGGUGAGAAGCUGCAUCUGAAUAUCCCCUACAAAGCAAUCCCAACUCCCAAGAUGGUUUGGCAGAAAGACACAGUAGAGUGUAAAGCCGACGACCGACUCUCCAUGACCGUUGAGAUGAACAGCGCUCACCUGGAGAUGCUGAAGUGCCAGCAUGCUGAUGCUGGUACCUACACCAUCACUCUGGAGAACAGUCUGGGAACUGCUACUGGAACCAUCAAUGUCAAAGUUAUCGGGCUCCCUGGUCAGUGUAAAGACAUCACCUCCAGCGAUGUCACUAAGAAUUCCUGCAAGAUCAGCUGGGAAGCUCCCGAAGACGAUGGAGGCACACCUAUUGUCAGCUACACUCUGGAGCGCCGAGAAGCAUCCAAGAAAACCUACAUGCCCAUUAUGUCAGGGGAAAAUGUCCUCACCUACAACACUAAAGACCUUUAUAUCAACUGUGAGUACUACUUCAGAGUGAAGGCUGUCAACAAGGUCGGAGCAGGAGAAUAUUUGGAGCUACGCAAUCCGGUUCUCACAGAGGAAAUCAAACAGAAACCAGACCCUCCCAUCCAAGUUGAGGGUCAUGACCCCACAUCCAAGUCCAUCACAGUCACCUGGAAGGCUCCAGACUACGAUGGCGGCUGCCCAAUACAGGGUUACAUAGUAGAGAAGAUAGAGAAAGAUGGUGACCGCUACGAGAGGGUCACCCCAAGUCUGGUUCCUGGUUUCUCCUAUGUAGUGACUGGCCUGAAAGAAGACAUGGAGUAUCAGUUCAGAGUCCGAGCAGAAAAUGCCGCUGGAGCCAGUGAGCCUUCCCGCAGCACAUCACUUAUAAAGGCUGCAGACCCUGUUGAUAAACCAACAGUCACACUGCAUGCACGUGUGCAGUCCGGCCUCUGCAUUAAGAAGGGUGAGGAAAUCCGCAUUGAUGCUUACAUCUCCGGCUCUCCAUAUCCCAAAGUCACCUGGCUGAGAAAUGAGGAGGAUGUGACCAAGGAGCCUCCCAAAAAGAUUGUUCCUGUGUUAAAAAAGAAGAAGACCAAAGCCAAUGUUCCAGAACCAGAGGAGGAAUUUGUGACUCCUCUGCGUGAACGUCUUGGUCUGGAUAAAACCACAAAAGGCCAAUCUGCUCUGAUGAUCCGUGACUCUCUCAGGGUUGACCACGGCAACUACACAAUCAAGGUGGAAAACACGCAUGGUGUUGCUUCUGCCACCUGCUACGUCAAUGUCCUGGACAAGCCUGGUCCUCCAAUAAACUUCACCUUUGAUGAGAUCAGGAACACCUCUGUCAUCUGUAACUGGGAGCCUCCUGUGGAUGAUGGAGGCAGCGAGAUUCUGAACUACAUCCUUGAGAAGAAGGACAACAAGAAUGAUGAGAUUGGCUGGAUCACUAUCACCUCCACCCUGAAGGGCACCAGUUUCCCUGUCACCAAACUCAUCGAAGGGAAGGAAUACAUCUUCAGAGUAACAGCUGAGAACAAAUAUGGCUGUGGUUUGCCAUGCAUCUCUGAUCCACUUGUCGCCAAGAACCAAUUCAAUCCUCCUGAUGCUCCCAACACUCCCAGAGUGCAUGAGGUUACAGCAAACUCUGCUCACAUCUCCUGGCAUGAACCAAAGGACAACGGCAGCCCGAUCCUUGGCUACUGGAUUGAGAGGAAGGAGGUGAACAGCAAACACUGGACCAGAGUUAACCGGGCCCUCCUCAAUUCUCUAGAUGUGAAGAUCACUGGACUGAUGGAGGGACUCACCUAUAUCUUCAGAGUAUGCGCAGAAAACCUGGCUGGCCCUGGGCCUUUCAGUGAGCCCACUGAGCGCAUUGUGGCCAUGGAUGCCAUUCUUCCUCCUGGGCCCCCCACUCCAUGGGUUGUGGACACUGGCAAUGAUUCUGUCAUCUUGGCCUGGAAGCCACCAUUGUACAAUGGUGGAGGCGAGAUCCUGGGAUACCACAUUGAGAAGGUUUUGGUUGGAGAGAAAGAAUGGAGUCGCUGCACAGAAUUCAGGUGUAAAGAAUUAACAUACACAGUGACAGGCCUCACUGAAGGAGCAGACUAUUACUUCCGGGUCCUUGCUAUCAAUGAUGCUGGCCCUGGAGCUCCUGGUCUCACUGAACCUGUAACUGUCAAAGAGCCCCAAGAAACUCCUGUUGUGGAAUUUGAUGACUCUGUGAAGAACGGCGUCAUGAUCAAGGCCGGUGACUCACUGAGGCUUCCUGCAGUGGUGAUGGGCCGACCUCAGCCAGAGGUAAAAUGGGCCAAAGACGAGGCAGAAAUUGACAAAGAGAGAAUGAUUGUGGAGACAGAGGGCAAGAAGAGCAAUCUCUUCAUCAAGAAGGCUGUGAGGGCAGAUCAUGGAAAAUACCAGAUCACCGGCACCAACAGCAGUGGCACCAAGACCGCAGAAACCAGAGUGGACGUUAUGGAUGUCCCUGGACCUGUGGUUGACUUGAAGACUGUCCUGGUGACGAAGAAGAACAUUGUUCUCACCUGGUCAGACCCUCUGGACAAUGGAGGCAGUGACAUCAUUGGCUAUGAAGUGCUGAGGAAAGACACCAAGAUGAAACUGUUCCGUCAGCCCAUUGAGAUGGCGUCCUGUAAGUGUGAUGUUCAGGGCUUGCUGGCUGGUGAGGAAUAUGACUUCAGAGUCAUUGCCAGAAACAAGUACGGUGAUGGCGCACCAGCAGAUUUGGGACCCAUCCUGGCUGAGGAUCCUAAAGGAACUCCAUCUGCUCCUGAGAAACUGCACUACACUGACCGAAGCAAAUCAACUAUUACUCUGGCUUGGCAGCCCCCUCGCACUGAUGGCGGCAGCCCCAUUAGCGGAUACUACGUUGAGAAGAUGAGAUCAGAUAGCACAGAGUACGAGGUGGCCAAUCGUAAGAUCUUUACAGAGUGCUGUGGAACUAUUGAGAACCUCUCUGAGAACCAGGAGUACCACUUCCGUGUUAAAGCUGUAAAUGAAGUUGGAGAAGGUGAUCCUUCCAAACCAAUAUCUGCCAAGAUCCAGGACGAUGAAAUUGCUCCAGUUAUUUCAAUUCUGAAGUUUUUCAAGAGCAAUGCCAUCAAUGUGAGGAAAGGAGCAGCUAUAGACAUCCCAGCAGAGGUGAUUGGACUGCCUUUGCCAACAUUCCAGUGGAUGAAGGAUGAUGUGGUGAUUGAGAAUCCUGACCAGGAGAAGAUGACCAUGGAGACAGAGGAGGUGAACAGGACAACAAUAAAGACGAAGAUAGCUAUCCCAGUGACCGUCCGACAAGACAAAGGAAACUACAAGCUGGUAGCUGAAAACUGUCAUGGUACAGCUCAGCAUGUGAUCAGAGUUGAAAUCCUCGACCGCCCCCUUCCACCAAGGAAUGUUGUUGUGUCGGACAUCAAAGCAGACUCUUGCUACCUGACUUGGGAUUCUCCGGAGGACAAUGGAGGCAGUGAGAUAACCAACUACAUUGUGGAGCGGAGAGAUGCCAGCAAGAAGAAAUCAGACUUUGACGUCCUGACCAUCAAUCUGAUCGACAGAAGAUAUGGGGUCUACAAAUUGGACUUGAAUGGAGUCUACCAAUUCAGGAUCAAAGCUGAAAACAAGUAUGGUGUCAGUGAUGGUUGUGAUUCAGAAAAAGUCCAGCUUAGGGAUCCGUUUGGCCUUCCUGGACCUCCACGUAACCCUAAAAUCAUAGCUGCAACAGCAACCACUAUGACCGUCACCUGGGAUCCCCCUCUGGACAAUGGCGGCUCCACCAUCCAGGGCUAUUGGUUGGAGAAGAGGGAGCGUGGUGCCGUAUACUGGGGUCGUGUUAACCGAGCUCCGGUCACCAAACCAGCGGUUAAGGGCCUGCAGUACACAGUGUUGAAGCUCAUAGAAGGAACAGAGUACCAGUUCAGGAUUGCGGCCUGCAACGCAGCAGGAAUCGGACCACACAGUGAACCCACUGAGUGCCGCUUCGCCACCGAUCCAUGCAAUCCUCCAAGCCCACCUGGCAGCCCAGAGGUUAAAGAUAAGACCAAGAGCAGCAUCACACUCACCUGGACUCCUCCAGAAAGAGAUGGUGGAAGCCCAAUCAAGGGUUACAUUGUUGAGGUUCACGAGGAGGGCUCUGCAGAUUGGAGAAGGGUCAACCCAGCCGACAAGCUCCACCCAUCCACUGAAAUUACCGUCCCUGAUCUGAAAGAGGGCAAGAAGUGCAAGUUCAAGAUUUAUGCAGUGAACGCCGCAGGAAACUCAGAGCCUGCUAGGACAGGCGAAAUCCUGGUUCAGGACAUCCUGAUUGAACCCACAGUGACACUGGAUGUGAGUGCUCACGACCUGCUGAACUGCAGAGCAGGAACCACCAUCAGAAUUCCUGCGACCAUAAAAGGACGACCCAUUCCCAAAGUCACCUGGACAUUCGUUGAUGGAACUGCCGAGACUGAAAAGAAGAACGACCUUCACACACUGCCCAUUGACUCAGAGAUCCAUUCCACUGACACAACGUCAUUGGUGGUGAUCCCAGAAAGCAAGCUGAGCCACACUGGUCGAUUCAUCCUCAAUGCAGAGAGCCCGGCUGGGCACAAAGUAGUCAAAGUCAGAGUCAAUGUGCUCGACCUCCCUGGACCUGUUAGAAAUCUGAAGGUGAGUGAUGUGACCAGAGGAACCUGCAGACUCACCUGGAAGCCUCCAGAAAGCGAUGGAGGAGAGAGGGUGAAGAGCUACUUUAUUGAGAAGAAGACUGUGGAAGGCAAAGCCUGGACCAAGGUAAACCCAAACUGUGCUACCCAGUCUCUGGUGGUUCCAGACCUCAUUAAUGGUGAGGAGUACCUUUUCCGUGUCAAAGCUGAAAACCGCUUUGGCUUUGGCCCAUUUGUUGAGACUACUGAAGGAGCCAAAGCUAAAGAUCCCAUCCAUCCUCCGGAUCCUCCAACAAGGCUCAAGAUCCACAAUAUAAGAAAGGGCACUCUCACUUUGACCUGGAAGGCUCCGAAGAACGACGGAGGUUCGCCAGUCACGCACUACAGUGUUGAUCUUCUGUGCUGGGAUUCCAGCGGUACCCAAAAGGAGUCUUGGAGGAGGUGCAACAGGAGAGAUGUCGACACCACAAACUUUAAGGUGGAGGACCUGACAGAGGGAGAUGAGUAUGAGUUCAGAGUGAUAGCUUACAAUGAGGCUGGACCAAGCCGGCCAUCAACUACUGCUGGACCCGUCAUCAUCCAGGACCAGACCUGUGCUCCAUCCAUUGAGCUGGAGGAGUUUAUGGAAGUGGAGCAGGGCUCUGACAUCAGCAUUGUGGCCAAGCUUCGUGGCUGUCCUUUCCCAACACUCACCUGGUACAAGGCACCUCCCCACAAGCCUGACGACAAGGUCGAGGUCCAGUAUGACGAGCACAUCAACAAGAUUGUAUCAGAUGACAGCUGCACGCUGCUCAUCCAGCAGGGCAAACGCCAUGACACUGGCCUGUACACUCUGGUGGCCUCCAACAGUCUUGGCAAAGCAUCCAAGGAAAUGAGGCUCAACGUGCUCGGUCGACCUGGUCCUCCCUCAGCUCCUAUUAAGUUUGAAGAAAUUAGCGCAGAGAAGAUUACACUCUCCUGGCUACCACCAAAGGAUGAUGGUGGUUCUAAAAUCACAAACUAUGUCAUCUGGAGGCGUGUGGCCAAUAGGAAGACCUGGGUGCCUGUGACGAACGAGCCCAAAGACCGAAUCUGGACAGUGGAGAACCUCAUGGAGGGGCACGAAUAUGUGUUCCGCAUCAUGGCACAAAAUAAGUAUGGAGUUGGUGAGCCGCUGGACAGUGACCCUGAGGUUGCCCGAAACCGUUGCACUGUUCCUGGUCAGUGUGAGAAACCAACAGUAACCAACAUCACCAUGGAUUCAAUGACAGUCAACUGGGAGGAGCCUGAGGAUGAUGGCGGCACCCCGAUCACUGGCUACUGGCUGGAGCGUAAAGAGACCACAGGCAAACGUUGGGCUCGUGUUACCAGGGACCCUAUCCGUCCCAUGGGCCUUGGCGAGUCCUUCGUAGUGAGUGGUCUUGUUGAGGGGUCUCAGUAUUUAUUCAGAGUUUCUGCCAUCAACGCCGCAGGCCCUGGUCUUGCUAGUCCUCCAACAGACCCUGUCUUUGCCAGAGACCCUAUCUGUCCCCCGUCUCCUCCGACCCCAAAGGUUUCUGAUUGGACGAAAUCCACAGUAGAUCUCGAGUGGAUUCCACCUUUAAAAGAUGGUGGAUCCAAGAUAAUCGGCUACUGGGUGGAGUACAAGGAGGAAGGCACUGAGGCCUGGGUUAAGGCUAAGGAAACUGAAAUCCGAGGGACACGUUUUGUGAUCAGUGGUCUAAAGACAGGUGGUCAGUACAGGUUCAGGGUGACUGCCUUCAAUGCUGCUGGUAACAGUGAGCCAGGUGAAGUCCCAGAGGUGCUUGAGGUCAACGACAGAGCCAUUGCUCCUGAGGUGGAUCUGGAUGCCUCGAUUAAGGAGAGGAUGGUGGUCCAUGCAGGCGGUGUUAUCCGUUUGAUUGCCUAUGUGUCAGGGCAGCCAACACCUGACAUCACCUGGACCAGAGAUGGUGCUGGACUGCCACCAGAAGCUAAAGUGGAGACCACCGCCAUCAGCUCUUCACUGGUCAUCAAGCCCUGUACAAGGAAACACCUUGGUGUUUAUACCCUGACCGCCAAGAAUGCCAGUGGGGAGAAAACAAAGAAUGUCACAGUAGAAGUCCUAGAUGUUCCUGGACCUGUUGGCAUUCCAUUCCUGGCUGAAAACCUGAGCAUCGACUCCUGCAAGCUCAGCUGGUUCUUCCCUGACAAUGAUGGAGGUUCACCCAUCAGCAAUUACAUCAUUGAAAAACGUGAAGGAGAGCGUAAAGCCUGGACAUCACUGUCCUAUAGUGCCAGCAGGCAGAAUGCCAUUGCUCGCGAUCUCACCCUCGGAAAGGCCUUCUUUUUCAGAGUGGCCGCCGAGAAUGCCAUUGGCAUUGGACCUUUUGUUGAGACUGCAGCUGAGAUUGUAAUCAAGGAGCCAAUGAGUGUACCGGACCGUCCUGAAGAACUGGAAGUCACCAAGGUUACCAAAAAUUUGAUCAGUGUUGCUUGGAAAGCGCCCAAAUUUGACGGAGGCUCCGAUAUUACCAUGUACAUUCUUGAAGCGCGUAUGAUUGGCAAAGACAAGUUCACCAGACUUACCAAAGAGACGUUAAUGGACAGGAAGUUCACAUAUGACGGUCUCAGAGAGGGAGACACUUAUGAGUUCAGGGUAAUUGCUGUAAAUGAAGUUGGACAGAGUAAACCAUCAUUCUGCACUAAACCAAUCACUUGCAAGGAUGCACUUGAGCCACCAACCAUUGAGUUGGACUUCCGUGAUAAGAUCAUUAUACGUGUGGGAGAGAGCUGCCUACUUCAGGGUCGCUACACAGGCAAACCAGCUCCAUCCAUUGUUUGGUACAGAGAUGACGAGGAGCUGAAGGCUGACAAACACAUAAUAUUCAAGAACACUCCAACCAUGAUGUCGCUUGGCCUGGUGAAGGCAGAGCGACAGCACAGUGGCAAAUAUGUGGUAGUUGUGGAAAACAGCACCGGAUCCAGGAAGGGUGUCUCCAACGUCAUAGUCGUAGAUCGUCCAACUCCUCCUGUUGGCCCUGUGGUGUUUGAGGAGGUUCACAGGGAAUACAUGGUUAUCUCCUGGAAGCCUCCUCUGGACAAUGGAGGUGUUGAGGUCUCAAAUUACAUAAUUGAGAAGAGAGAUGUCAACAGAGAGACCUGGACCACAGUAACAUCUGCCACAACUAAGACCACAUGCAAGAUUCCAAAGCUAACCGAAGGCAAGGAGUACAUCAUGAGAAUAUCUGCAGAGAAUAUGUACGGUAUCAGCGAUGCUCUGGAGUCUGAGGAGAUGAAAGCUAAAGAUCUGUUCAGAGUCCCUGAAGCCCCUGAGAUGCCAACAGUCAGAGAGGUAUAUGCUACCAAUGCUUUGGUUCUGUGGAACCGGCCUCGUGAUGGAGGUAAGCCCAUCACCAACUACAUCCUGGAAAAGAAGGAGCCAGGAGCCAAGAGGUGGUCAAGAGUCACCAGAGACCCACUUUACCCAGCCACUCAGUACCGUGUCCAGGACUUGGUAGAGGGCUGCGAGUAUGAAUUCAGGGUGAUGGCUGAGAAUGAGUUGGGAACUGGAGAUCCUAGUCCCCCAUCCAAACCAAUCCUUGCCAAGGAUCCCAUUGUGCGUCCAAGUCCUCCAGUUACCCCUGAAGCUUAUGACAAAACCAAAGACUCAGUCAGUCUGAAGUGGCAGAUGCCGCGCCACGAUGGAAAAGGGCGAAUCUUUGGCUACCUUGUGGAGUAUCAGAAGCCUGGUGCCGUAGAGUGGAUUCAGGCCAACACGACUCCAGAGCAGUGUCCUGACCUCCAUUAUGUGGUGACAGGUCUGACUGAAGGACAGGAGUACUCCUUCAGAAUCUUUACAGUAAAUGCAGCAGGCAAAUCCGACCCUGCCUUUGUCAAACAGACCAUCAAAGUCCAUGACAGGCUAGAGGAGCCAGAGUUACUCUUGGAUGCCAACAUGGCUCGUGACCACUUAGCCAUGCUGGGCACUGAUAUCACACUUAGUGCCACAAUUAAGGGUGUGCCGACACCGACAGUCGCCUGGAAGAAAAAUGAUGGAGAUGUUCCUUCUCACGUCACUGUUGCAGUUACGGCCACUGGUAGCAAAGUCUUCAUUCCCAAGUGUGUCCGUGCAGAUUCUGGCAACUACACUAUUACAGUUGAGAAUGCUGCUGGAAAGAAAUCUGCAACCGUUGCCGUGCUUGUGCUGAAUAAGCCUUCUCCUCCAAGAGAUCUUGUGGUGUCUGAGGUGACCAGUGAGUCUGCUUAUUUGACAUGGAAGGUGCCAGAGGACAAUGGCGGUGCAGUCAUCUCCCAUUAUGUCGUGCAAAAGAAGGAUGUGGCUGCAGAUCAAUGGGUACCAGUUGCUCCAGCCAAUAAGAAGCUUAGUCUUAUGGCAAUGUACCUGAUGGAGGGAAUCCAGUACUUAUUUAGGGUAGCUGCUGAAAACCAGUUUGGCAGGAGUGACUUUGUCGUGACCAAGACACCUAUCAAGGCUGUUGAUCCUCUAUAUCCACCUGGCCCACCCAAAAACCUCCACCAUACUGAUGCAGACAAGACAGAGGUGUGGUUGGCCUGGGAGUGGCCCGAUCGCACUGGUGGAAGUGAAAUUACUGGGUUCAUUGUAGAACACCAAGAAGAGGGCCAAACUGACUGGGUUACCUUCAAAACUGUGAGCAACAACCACAGUCAUGUAACAGGUCUGGUUGAAGGCAAAACGUACCGCUUCAGGGUCAAAGCUCAGAAUGCUAUAGGUGUUAGCAGCCCUGACACCAGUGUCCCUGUUACUUGUCAGGAGAAGACAUUACCACCUACUAUUGAAGUUGAUGUGAAGCUUAUUGAGGGUCUUGUAGUCAAAGCUGGCAGUACUAUUACUCUACCAGCUAAGAUGACAGGAAUCCCUCUUCCCACUGCCAAAUGGAUCAGUGAUGGAAAGGAGAUCACUCCCGAGGGCCGACUUAAAAUUGAGUCUGCUGGACCUUCAACCACCUUAAGUAUCACAGAAUGCCAGAGAGGAGAUACUGGAGAGUACAUAGUCACUGUGUCAAAUCCUGCAGGUAGUAAGACUGCUGCCCUACAUGUCACUGUAUUGGAUCUACCAGGACCACCAAUCGGACCCAUCAAUAUUUUGGAGGUCACCCCAGAUCACAUGAUGAUACAGUGGAGGGCACCUAAAGAUGAUGGUGGCACACCUAUCACUAACUAUGUGGUAGAAAAGAAGGAUGUCAAGAAGCCAUGGGAGCCCUGGUCAGUGGUUAGCUCUAGUGGCACCAGUACAAAGGCCAAGGUGACAAGGUUGGAGAAAGGCCGUGAGUACAUUGUCAGGGUUCGAGCAGAGAACAAGAUUGGGAUUGGUGCUAGCCUUGAAAGUCCUCCUACUAUUGCCAAGCAUAUGUUCAACCCUCCUGGACCUCCAGGCUUUCCUGAGUGUUCUGAUGUCACAGAAAAUGCUGUAACAGUAGAAUGGGCCCUACCUGACCAUGAUGGAGGCAGCCCCAUUAGUGGCUAUGUUAUUGAACGCAGAGAGAUGACAGGAAAGUGGAUUCGUGUCAAUAAAACUCCUGUGCUAGACCUAAGAUACAGAGUUUCUGGUCUGUUUGAAGGCAAUAGCUAUGAAUUCCGAGUGUUUGCUGAGAAUAUUGCUGGUAUCAGUGAGCCUUCACUCACAUCUGACCCAAUCAAAGCCACCCGUGCCAUCACAAAACCUGGACCUCCUGGUAACCCCAAGCUUAAGGAUUGGAGUAAAUCUUAUGCAGACAUCUGCUGGACCAAACCCACAAGAGAUGGAGGGAGUCCAAUUCUGGGCUAUUUCAUUGAGGUUCAGAAGUCAGGAUCUGCCCAGUGGGACAGAAUCAACAAGGAUCUAAUCAAGAUCUGUGCUUACAGAGUGCCUGGGCUGAUUGAAGGAAUGGAGUACAGAAUACGUAUCAGAGCUACAAACAAGGUUGGAGACAGUGAGCCCAGGGAGGUACCUGAGACUAUUUUGGCAAAAGACAUCCUGGUGCCUCCUGAAGUUGUGGUUGAUGUCUCCUGUCGUGACUCUGUGACAGUCAGAGCAGGUCAGAUAAUCAGUUUGAUUACUAGAGUAAAAGGCAGACCAGAUCCAGAGAUCACAUGGACCAAGGAUGCCAGAGCCUUGUCUCGAGAAAAGCGCCUUGAAAUGAAUAACAACUACCCUGUUUGUGAACUAAUUAUCAGUGAUGCUAUCAGGUCAGAUUAUGGAAAGUAUGGUAUUGUUGCAAAGAACAGCAGUGGACAGGCUCAGGCUACCAUUUUGGUCAAUGUCUUGGACACACCAGGAGCUUGUCAAAAUUUGAAAGUGGCUUAUGUGACAAAGAAAUCUUGCAUGGUCUCCUGGGAAAACCCUGAGGACAAUGGAGGAACUGAGAUUACUCAGUAUAUAAUUGAAUGCCGUCAGCCAAGUCAAAGAGGGUGGACAGUGGUCUCCAAUGACUGGACCAAGCGCUUGAUAAAGGCUCCUCUUACUGAGGGCUGUGAAUAUUUCUUCCGUGUGAGUGCUGAAAAUAAGAUAGGAGUUGGUCCAUCCACAGAGACAAAGUCACCUGUCUUGGCAGUUGAUCCUAUUGAGAAACCUGGGGAACCCAUAGAUUUCCAUAUAUCUGAAGUCGGGAAGACCUUCUGCUUCUUGAAGUGGAAGAAACCUGAUAAUGAUGGUGGUAGUAGAAACAUAGCUUAUCAUAUUGAAAAGAAACCAAAAGAAGCUGAAGAGUGGGAGAGACUUCACAAGGGUGCUAUCAAGGAGACCUACUUCAUGGCAGACAGGUGUAUUGAAAAUCAAAUCUAUCAGUUUAGAGUUCAGACUAAAAAUGAGGGAGGCGAAAGUAAUUGGGUGACAACAGGAGAAGUACUAGUUAAGGAACAACUGGUAUUGCCUGAGGUUAAGAUUAAACUGGAUGGAACCCUUGUUGUUAGAGCAGGAGAUUCUAUUGCAGUAGAAGCAAUAGUCAAGGGCAAACCUCAGCCUGAUGUCAAAUGGACAAAGGAUGAGACCACAGAGGAGAUUAAGAAAGGCCCCAGGCUGCAACUUGAAACUGGUGCAGACUUUUCCAAACUGUUGAUUACUGGUGCAAGACGCACAGACAGUGGCAAAUAUCUUGUCACAGCCUCCAACAGUGCAGGAACCAGCUCUGCUAAAUGUACAAUUAAUGUAUUAGACAGACCUGGUCCCAUCAGGGACCUCAAGGUGUCUGGUAUCACCAUUGACAGGUGCAACCUGGCCUGGGAAGUUCCUGAAGAUGAUGGUGGCUGUGAUAUUUACAAUUACAUUAUCGAGAAAUGUGAGACAAAGAGAGGGGUUUGGUCUGUACAUUCUAAUGCUGUCAUCACCAAUAAAGCAAAAGUAACACGACUUAUUGAGGGUAAUGAGUACAUCUUCAGAGUUCGAGCUGAGAAUAAAAUGGGCCCUGGACCUGCAGUUCAGAGUGAGACUAUUGUUGCUGGCACGCAGUUCAGUGUACCUGAUGCCCCCGAAGCACCAGAGGUCACCAAGAUCGGAAAAGAGGAGAUGACUGUACAAUGGUCAGAGCCUGACAGAGAUGGAGGAAAACCAAUCAUAGGCUAUCUUUUGGAGAAGAGAGAGGAGCAUGCAGUCAGGUGGUCCCCUGUCAACAAGGAUCCAGUCCCUGCAACUCGUUUCACAGUCACUGGACUAUUACCUCUCCAUGAUUACCAGUAUAGAGUCAAAGCUGUGAAUGAAAUUGGUGUUGGUACUCCAAGUAAGGCUUCUCGUGCAAUCACUGCAAAGGAUGCAGUUGAGCCUCCUGCACCACCUACCAACUUAAAGGUUGUGGACAGCACAAAAUCCACAGUGACCCUGAGCUGGACAAAGUCUGUGUCUGAUGGGGGAGCCCCUCUCAUUGGCUAUGUUGUGGAAAUGAGGGCACAGGGGAGUGCAAAGAAAGGAGAUGAUGGCUGGAAGAGAUGCAAUGUGGCAGCACAACUUAUUGUGUGCGAGUUUACAGUCACAAGUCUAGAUGAGAAGCUAGUUUAUGAAUUCAGGGUGUCUGCUCAAAACCAAGUGGGCAUGAGCCUGCCAUGUAACCUGGAGGGUGCUGUGAUUCCAAGGGAAAUUUUAGAGGCACCAGAGAUUGACUUGGAUGCCAACCUGAAGCAGGGCCUCACAGUUCGUGCUGGUUGUCCCAUUAGACUUUGCGCCACCAUCAGAGGGCGACCACAUCCAACAGUCACUUGGAGAAGAAUGGGUAUUGACAACGUUGUUAGGAAGGGUAAAGUCGACAUCAUCGACACAAUGACCUUCCUGGUCAUUCCUGACAGCACCCGUGAUGACUCUGGGAAAUAUUGCCUGACUUUACACAGUCCUGCAGGAGAAAAAGCCGUGUUUGUCAAUGUUAAAGUUCUUGAUACUCCUGGACCAGUACUAAAUCUCGAAGGUACAGACAUUAAGCAGACCUCAGUCAUGUUGUCUUGGAAUCCUCCAGAGAUCACUGGUGGCAGUGAGGUGACACACUACAUAGUUGAAAAGCGAGCGAUUGACCGCAAGACAUGGGCAACUGUCAAGACUGAAGUUCAGGCAGAUAAGAUUCCUCUCAAAAUCAGUGGUCUGAUACCUGGCACUGAAUACUACUUUAGAGUCCUCGCUGUCAAUGAGUAUGGUUCUGGAGUUCCCAAAGUGACACCUACUUCCUACCUGGCUUCCGAUCCUGUCAGCAAACCAGACCCUUGCCAGAAGAUUGAAAUUCUGGAGAUAACCAAGAACAGUGCAAUGAUUGGCUGGGUGAAGCCUGAAAGAGAUGGUGGUGCCAAAAUUGAUGGCUAUGUCAUCGAAUACAUUGAAGUCAAACCUCCACCGGAGCCACCAGCCCCUGUUGAGCUGGUUGAAGGAGAGGGAGUUCCUCCACCACCUCCACCUCCACCAAUAGUAGAGGAGGAAGAAGAAGCUGAACCAGAAAAAGAAGUGUGGAAUGCCUACACAACAGUUAAAGGUUUAUCAAUCAGUGUCAGUGGCCUCAAGGAGGGGAAAAGGUACAAGUUCAGAGUGGCUGCCAAGAACAUCAUGGGGAUGAGUUCUUUCACUGAGACUAGAGAGCCGACCGAGAUCAAGGAACAGAUGAUUGAGCCAAAGAUUGUUAUGCCAGAGACUGCAAGUGCUAGAGCUGGAGCCAAGCUUAGAGUGGAGGCACUUGUUUCAGGAAAACCUGUUCCGACAUGCAAGUGGAUACGUGGUGAGAAAGCAGUGGUCCCAUCCAGUCGCUUGGCUGUGCAUCAGUCGGGCAACUUGUGUGUCCUAAUCAUCAAAGAUGUGACAAGGAGUGACAGUGGAGAUUAUAGUCUUGUUGCUGAGAACAGCACGGGACAAAUUUCCCAGGCAAUAAAGAUCAUCAUUAGAGACAUCCCUGGUCCUCCCGAAGGCCCUGUGGAGAUCAGUGACAUUGAUUCUGAUGCUUGUUCCCUGUCUUGGAACAAACCUCUGGAGGAUGGCGGCAGUAAUAUCACAAACUAUGUUAUUGAAAAAUGUGAUGUGGCCAGAGGCGAUUGGGUGACAGCCCUUUCCUCCUGCGCAAAAACCAGUUGUAGAUUGGGAAAACUUAUUCCUGGAAAAGAAUAUGCAUUCCGCAUCCGCGCUGAAAACCGUUAUGGUGUGUCAGACUCCCUUCAAUCAGAAAGAAUGGUUGCAAAGUUCCCUUUUGAUGUUCCAAGUGAGCCCCUAAAUUGUCAUGUCAACAAGACCAACAAGGAUUGUAUGUUCAUUAGCUGGGAUAAACCGGAGAGUGAUGGGGGCAGUCCCAUCACAGGGUAUUACAUUGAGCGCAAGGAGAGAAACAGUCUUCUGUGGGUGAAAGCCAAUGACACUGUGGUCCGCACAACUGAAUACCCCUGUGCCGGUCUUAUUGAAGGCUUGGAGUAUACUUUCAGAGUAUCAGCCAUUAACCGUGCUGGUCAGGGCAAACCAAGCAAGAAAACCGACUUUGUAACAGCAAGAACACCUGUUGACACUCCUGGUAAACCUGAAGUUUUGGAUGUAACCAAAAACUCUGUCACUUUGGUUUGGGCCCGUCCUAAAAAUGAUGGAGGAAGCAAGAUCAUAGGUUAUUAUGUUGAGGCUAUGCGGGUUCCAGGAGACACUUGGAUACGUUGCAACACCAGCAGUCAGAAUGUUCCCAGGGAGGAGUAUACAGUGACAGGACUUGAAAGAGACCUUCAGUACCAGUUCAGAGUUAUUGCUAAAACUGCAGUGAACAUGAGCAAGCCUUCAGAACCAACAGAUCCAAUCCUGGUCUGUGCUGAGAAUGUUCCUCCAAGGAUUGAACUUAAUGCCAAGAUGCAAAAAGUUUUAACAGUUAAAGCUGGAGCCACAAUCUUGCUGGAAGCAGAUGUGUUUGGUAAGCCUGUGCCCAGAGUCACUUGGAAGAGAGGUGAUGAUACUCUGAAGUCAGGUGAAGGCCAGGUCAUUACACAGCAAAGACAACAUUUCCAAUUAGAAAUACCGGCUGCCACCAAAGAACACACAGGAACCUACACUGUGUUGGCUGAGAAUGCAAGUGGCUCAAAGACUGCAGAAAUCCAGGUCAAUGUACUAGAUGUGCCUGGGCCCCCUGCAAGUGCCACAUAUACAGAGGUGUUAGCCUCCAGUAUCAAGUUGACAUGGCAGCCUCCUUUGAAAGAUGGUGGUGGCUCUGUCAAUAACUACAUUUUGGACAAGCGUGAAACCAGCAGAACUAACUGGGCACAGGUGUCAACAAAAAUAAAGGGUGACAUAUUAGAAUUUAAUGUGGAAAAACUAAUUGAAGGUCAUGAAUACCAGUUCCGAAUUCGUGCUGAAAACGCAUGGGGAGUUGGAGACCCAUUUAUCACAAACCCAAUCAUCGCUAAAAACCCUUUCACUGUCCCCGGUCCUUGUGAAGCCCCUGUAAUCACCAAUGUGACCAAAGACAAAAUGACUGUGAGCUGGAAGGAGCCUGUCGAUGAUGGAAAGUCUACCAUUCUGGGCUACAUAGUGGAAAAGAAAGAGACCAAGGAGAUGAAGUGGACCAAGAUUAAUAAAAAACCCCUAACAGAAAGGUCUCUUGAAGUAACAGGUUUAACAGAGGGAAUUGAGUAUGAGUUCCGAGUCAUUGCUGUCAACAUGGCUGGGCUGGGAAAACCCAGUGAACCCUCUGAAGGCACCACUGCACAGGAUCCUAUUACUCCUCCUGGACCUGUUAUAAACCCAACUGUGACAGAUACCACCAACAGCACAAUCAGUCUCACUUGGACUGUACCAGCUAACAAUGGUGGAAGCCCCAUUAUUGGUUACUUAGUGGAAUGCAAGAGAACCAACACAACAGACUGGAUCCGCUGCAAUGUCCCCAGGAACCUACAGGACACUAACUAUGUCAUUCAGAACUUAAUUGACAAAGCAGAGUACCAGUGUCGCAUCACUGCUGUCAAUAAAGUAGGCUUCAGUGAGCCAGCUGAAAUCCCAGGCAAACAUGUUGCCAAGGAUAUCAUAGUUGCUCCUGAGGCAGAGCUAAGUGCUGACCUGAAAGAGCUCCUUGAACUUAAUGCUGGCAGCAAUAUGAAGUUGUAUGCAACCAUCAAGGGUCGUCCCACUCCCAAGGUCACAUGGGCAAAGAUGAACACCAACAUUAAGGGCCGUCAGGGCAUUGUCAUCAAAUCUACCAACUUUGACACCAUGGUCAUGGUGGAGAAAGUCAACAGAUAUGAUGCUGGCAAAUACAUUCUGUCUCUGGACAGCUUGGCUGGCAUGAAGAUGUAUACCAUUGUUGUCAAAGUUCUUGAUACACCUGGUCCACCAGUAAACCUGAUGGUGAAAGCGACAUCCAAAGACAGUGCAGACAUCCUCUGGGAUGCUCCUCUGAUUGAUGGGGGUUUUGAAGUCACCCACUACAUAGUAGAAAAACGUGACACUGAAAGAAAGGCCUGGUCUGUUGUCUCAAACAACUGCACCAAGACUUCUUUUGAGGUUCCAGACCUAGACGCUGGGCGGUCCUACUUCUUUAGAGUGUCAGCAGUCAACAAGCUUGGUACUGGAGAAUCUUGUGAAACAGCCGAUUCUGUCAGAGCAACAGAGGAGCCUGGGCCUGUCAUGGACUUCAAAACCUUGCUGGUGACCAAAGACUCGUGCACUCUAAGCUGGAAGAAACCCCUCACUGAUGGAGGCAGUCGCAUUAUCUGCUACGUGCUAGAGGUUCUCAAUGGUGAAGACAAAUACAAGGAACUUAUGAGGUCCAAGAACAUGCAGUAUAGUGCCAAGGACCUUGUGGAGGGUAGAGAGUACAAGUAUCAGGUCAAAGCUGUAAAUGAUUCAGGAGAAAGCUCUGCUAAGGAGCUGACUGUGAUUGCUAAGGACCAAAUUAUUCUUCCAAGCUGUGACUUAAGAGAGUUGCCCAACAUGUGCUACAUUGCCAAAGAGGGCAGCACCGUUCGUUUAAAGAUUCCAAUUGUUGGGAAACCUACACCCAAGGUCACCUGGAAAAAGGGAGAUGAUGAAGAUUUGACAGAUACUGGCAGGGUUUGUGCUGAGUCAUCUCCAGUCAACACCACCCUCCUAAUCAGGGACUGUCAGAGAACUGAUGCUUCCAAGUACACCAUCACCUUAAGAAACAGUGCUGGCACCAAAGAAUCCACCAUCUUCAUCAGGGUGGUAGGCAAACCCGGCAUCCCUGGUGGACCAAUAAAAUUCAAGGAUGUUACUGCUGAUGGUGCUACACUAAAGUGGGGUGUUCCUAAGGAUGAUGGUGGCUCUGAAAUCACAAACUACAUCCUGGAAAAAAGGGACUCCAUCACCAACAUGUGGGUGAAUAUUUCAUCCUCUGUGGAGACAAAUACAAUGAGGGUGACAGGUCUCCAUGAGGGCACAGAAUAUAUCUUCAGAGUCAGUGCAGAGAACAAAUAUGGUGUUGGGGAGGGACUGAAGUCUGAUCCUGUUGUUGCAAAACAUCCAUUUAAUGUACCUGAUGCACCUCCUCCUCCUCAAAUCAUGAGUAUGCGGCAUGAUUCUGCAUAUCUUGCCUGGUCUGACCCCAGAAAGACGGGAGGGUCUCCUAUUACAGGAUACCAUGUUGAAUUUAAGGAGAGGAACAGUAUGUUGUGGAAAAGGGCCAGUCCGUCUGCCUUAAAGAUGAAGGAACACAAAGUCACUGGACUAACUGAAGGCUUGGAGUAUGAGUUCAGAGUAAUGGCCAUUAACUUGGCUGGAAUUGGCAGACCGAGUGCUCCAACUGAUCCACAGGUAGCCCUAGAUCCCAUCGAUGCACCUGGUAAACCGGAUGUAAUCAGCAUUACUAGAACCAGUGUGACCCUCCAGUGGACUGAACCUCAAUUUGAUGGCGGCCACAGAUUGACAGGAUACAUUGUAGAGAAGCGUGAUUUGCCUUCCAAGAUCUGGGUGAAAGCCAACAAUGUGAAUGUUGUGGAACCUGCAUUUACUGUUGCUGAUCUACAAGAGGGCUGCAAAUAUGAGUUCAGGAUCAGGGCAAAGAAUGCUGCAGGUGCCCUCAGCCCACCCUCUGAGCAGACAGAUACCAUUAUGUGUACAGAUGAAUAUGCUGCACCAACCAUUAUCAUUGAUGCUCAAGUAAAGGAAGGUCUGACUGUCAGGGCAGGUGAUACGAUUGUUGUGACUGCAACAAGCAUUUUAGGAAAACCUGCACCAACCUCAUUCUGGUCAAAGGGAGGAAAAUACUUCAAACCCUCUGACCUAGUUCAAAUUGAAACCACUCCAACAUCAUCCACUUUAUCUGUAAAAUAUGCUAGCAGAAAGGACUCUGGAGAAUAUAUCAUCACAGCCACCAAUCCCUUUGGUGUAAACGAGGAAACUGUCAAGGUCAAAGUUCUGGAUGUUCCUAGUGCUCCUGGACCCAUUGAAUGUAGUGGUGUAUCCUCUGAAAAGGUGAUUCUUACUUGGACAGCCCCUACAGCGGAUGGAGGCUCUCCUAUCAAAUAUUACACCCUGGAAAAGAGGGAAACUAGCCGUCUGCUCUGGACAGUCCUGGAAGAGAACGUCAUUGACUGUCACUAUGUGGCCAACAAACUCAUUCAGGGCAAUGAAUAUUUCUUCAGAGUCUCUGCUGUGAACCAGUAUGGAGCUAGUGAGCCAUCUCAUUCUGAAGCUGUCAAGAUGGUUGACAGAUUUGGUCCCCCUGGUCCGCCAUCUAAACCUGAAGUUGAGAAAGUUGAUGGACAUUCAGUAACUUUGACUUGGAGAAGACCUGCUGAAGAUGGAGGAAGUGACAUUAUUGGCUAUAGUAUUGAGAAAAAAGAAAAGAAAGCGAUGCGCUGGGUUAGGGCAUCCAAGAAAACCAUUGCUGAGCUCAGUUUUGAAGUCACUGGACUCACUGAGGAUGUUGAAUAUGAGUUCCGUGUUCUUGCUGAGAACAGAGCUGGUUUUGGAGAGCCAAGUGAGCCAUCUAUGCCUGUCAAAACAAUAGUUGCUGCCUAUGUUCCAGGACCUCCUGUCAAUCCAAGAGUAACAGACACAACCAAAACUACUGCUACACUGAACUGGGGGAAACCUCUGGAUAAUGGUGGGCUUGAAGUCAUUGGAUAUGUAAUUGAGCACAGAAAAGAGGGAACAGAAGAAUGGAUUAAGGAUACCCCUUCGUCACCACUCAGAAUCACAGAGUUUGUUGUCCCUGGCUUGGAAACUGGUGCCAAGUACCAUUUCAGGAUUAGUGCUGUAAAUGCCAAAGGAGCUGGUGAACCUGGUGAAACCCAGGAAUUGGUUCAAAUUGUAGAACAUGCUGCCGAGCCUGAUUUAGAGUUGGAUAUUGAGCUGAGGAGAACCCUUGUUGUUAGAGCUGGUUGCUCCGUCCGUCUCUUUGUGCCAAUCAAAGGUAGACCUGCUCCCAAAGUCACUUGGAGUAAAGAGGGUGGCCCUGUUCCACGUGCAGUCAUUGAUAGCACUGAAUCUUUCACGAUGCUACUUAUUCCUGAGAGUUCAAGGGUUGAUGCUGGCAAAUAUGAGAUUACCCUUGAAAACUCUGCUGGAAAGAAAAGUGCUGACAUUCAUGUGAGAGUUUUGGAUUCACCUGGACCUCCUCUUAACCUCAAACCAGUAAAGAUAGACAAAGAAAGUAUUACACUUCAGUGGGAUAUUCCUUUAAUUGACGGAGGAGCCAAAAUCACAAAUUACAUAAUUGAGAAAAGAGAAUCAACACGCAAGGCUUUUGCUACUGCAAUUACAAAGUGCCCCACAACAUCAGUCAGAAUUGGUGACUUAGGGGAAGGCUGUGAGUACUACUUCAGAGUGUCUGCUGAGAAUGAGUUUGGCAUUGGAGAGGCAGUUGAAACUACUGAUCCAAUUCGUGCAUCUCAAACACCUACGCCUCCAGAAAGCAUUAUUCCCACUGACAUAACAAAGAACUCUGUGAGCCUGGCAUGGACCAAACCCAAACAUGAUGGUGGAAGCAGAAUUUCAGGAUAUGUUCUAGAAGCCAAGAAGAAGGGAACAGACCAGUGGGCGCAUGUUACAACAGUGAAGACCAUGGACUUCACAGUGAAGAACCUUAAUGAAAAUGAGGAAUAUAUUUUCCAUGUCAUGGCUGUCAAUCAAUCUGGCAGAAGUGCUCCACGUGAGAGCAAGCCCAUUAUUGUCAAAGAUUCUACAUCACUUCCUGAGUUUGACUUACGUGGUGUAUGUCAGAAGACUGUUAUUGCCAAAGCAGGGGAUGACAUUAAGGUUGAAAUUCCAGUUAUGGGGCGUCCUAGACCAACAAUUUCUUGGCAGAAAGAUGGAGCAGCCCUAAAACUCACCCAAAGAAUCAAUGUAGAAACUACUGCAGCUACUGUUAUUAUCAGCAUCAGUGAAUGCACUAGAGCUGACAGUGGUGUUUACACCAUGACAGCCAAGAACAUUGUUGGAUCUGUGACAGAGAACAUAAUCAUCAAAGUGCAUGAUAUACCUGGGCCACCAAAAGGACCAGUGAAGAUUGUGGAAAUAUCACGCACCUAUUGUAUCUUUUCUUGGGAUGCUCCUGAGAAUGAUGGAGGAAUUCCAAUUAAUAACUAUGUGGUUGAAAUUAGAGACACCACUUCCCAAACAUGGACUGAACUUUCAUCUACUGUUAUUCGCACAGUAUUUAAAGCUAUUCGACUAACCACUGGAUCAGAGUACCAGUUUAGAAUAAAAGCUAAAAAUAGAUAUGGUGUUGGACCUCCCAUCACCUCAGAGGCAGUGGUUGCUGCCUAUCCAUUCAAAGUACCUGGGCCACCAGGAACUCCCAGUGUAGUUGCGUUCACCAAAGACUCAAUAACAAUUGGCUGGAAUGAACCUGUCUCUGAUGGUGGAAAUGAAGUUAUUGGUUAUCAUGUUGAGAGGAAGGAAAGAAGUGGCAUUAUAUGGCAUAGGAUCAGCAAUAGUCUUGUGAAAGGCAAUGUUUUUAAGUCAACAGGGCUUGAAGACGGAGUUGCCUAUGAAUUCCGUGUCAUGGCUGAAAACAUGGCUGGAAUUGGUAAACCCAGUAAAGCUUCAGAGCCAAUACUAGCCUUGGACCCUGUGGAUCCACCAGGUCAGCCUGUGCCAAUUUUUGUUAACAAGAACGCCAUCACAGUUCAGUGGACAAAGCCUGCCUAUGAUGGCGGCUUUAAGAUCACUGGUUAUACAGUAGAAAAAAGAGAAUUGCCUGCUGGUCGUUGGACCAGAGCUAACUUUACCAACAUUAUUGAAACGGCAUUCACUGUCAGUGGACUCACUCAGGACAUCUCAUAUGAGUUCCGUGUCAUAGCCAGAAACUCAGCAGGAGCUGUGAGCAUACCAUCCGAACCAUCUGACCCAAUUACAUGUAAAGAUAACAUAAUUGAGCCACGUAUUAUGGUCGAUGCCAUCUUUAAGGACACAGUUCUUUUGAAAGCAGGAGAGUCUUUUAAGCUUGAAGCUGAUAUUGCUGGUCAGCCAAUCCCAUCUAUGGCUUGGACAAAAGAUGGAAAGGAAGUUGAGAACACAAUGAAACUGGAGGUUAGGUUUACUGAACUGACAACUAUUCUGACUAACAAGGACUCUGUUAGAUCAGAUGGAGGUGAAUUUGUGUUGACUGCUACAAAUGUUGGUGGAUUUGCAAAACAUGUCUUUAACGUAAAAGUGCUUGACAGACCUGGACCACCAAUUGGCCCUCUGAAAGUGUCUGAUGUAACUGCUGACAACUGUGUACUUACGUGGGCUCCACCAGCGGAUGAUGGUGGUGCCAAAAUCGAAGGAUAUGUAGUUGAGAAACGCGAAUCAAGUCGACUGGUUUGGACCAAUGUAAUUUCAGGUUUGCAAGUUACCCAGCACAAAGUAACUAAGCUACUCAAAGGAAAUGAAUAUAUAUUCAGAGUAAUGGCUGUGAACAAAUAUGGUUUUGGAGAAUCUCUUGAAUCAGAACCCACUAUUGCAGACAACCCAUAUGUGAAACCUGACCCCCCAGAAAACCCUGAGGUGACAGCUAUUACUAAAGAUUCGAUGGUUGUCAUGUGGCAAGCACCUAAGAAUGAUGGUGGAACUCCCAUCACCAACUACAGUAUUGAAAGGAAAGACAGAGCUGGCCUUCGAUGGGUUAAAUGCAAUAUAAGAAAAGUUAAGGACCUACAGUUCAAGGCAACUGGGCUUACUACAGGACAUGAAUAUGAAUUUAGAAUAUUUGCUGAGAAUGCUGCUGGAGUGAGUAUACCAAGUGUGCCCAGUCUAUUUUAUAGAGCCACUGAUGGGCUGUACAAGCCAGGAGCUCCAUGUAACCCCAGAAUCCUGGACACGACCAAAUCCUCAAUUACUGUUGCCUGGAACAAACCUGUAUAUAGUGGUGGCUCUGAAAUCACUGGUUACAUUGUUGAGAGAUGCAUCCCAUGUGAAAAAGAAGAAGAGGAGGAAUGGACCAUUGUUACUCCUAAGGAAGGUCUUCUCGCAACUUCAUUUACCCUCACUAAUCUUAAAGAAAACCAGGAGUAUAAGAUUAGUAUUUCCGCCAUGAAUAGCGAAGGAGUUGGAGAAGCAGCAUUUAUUCCUGAAAAUCCAAAAGCUGAGGAUAGACUCCUUCCUGCUGAGAUGGACCUGGAUGCUGAGCUCCGCAAAGUAGUCAGUCUACGAGCUUGCUGCACACUUAGACUGUUUGUUCCAAUAAGAGGCAGACCAGCUCCUCAAGCUAAGUGGUCUAAAGGUGAUGGUGAGCCUUUAGAGAGAGCAACCAUUGACAGCACGUCAUCAUACACAUCACUUGUAAUUGAAAAUGUAAACAGAUUUGACAGUGGAAAAUAUAACCUCACAAUUGAAAACAGCUCUGGUUCCAAAACUGUGACAGUUCAGGUAAGGGUUCUUGAUACACCAAGUGCGCCACAAAAUCUAAAAAUUACCUCUGUCACAAACGAAGCUGUCACAUUAACAUGGGAUCCACCAAUGAACGACGGAGGAGUCAAAAUUAAGAAUUAUAUAGUUGAAAAGCGUGAGUCAACACGGAAAGCAUAUGCCACAGUUAAAGCCACUUGCCAUAGUACUUCCUUUACAGUUGACCAACUUCUGGAAGGCUGCAAUUAUUAUUUUAGAGUUUUAGCUGAAAAUGAAUAUGGCAUUGGCUUGCCCAUCGAAAUGCCUGAAUCAGUUAAAGUGUCUGAGAAGCCACAGCCACCUGGUAAAAUCACUCUUAAAGAUGUCACUAAAAACAGUGUAACUCUAUCAUGGGAAAAACCAGAACAUGAUGGUGGCAGCAGAAUAGGCUGUUAUGUUGUUGAGAUUCAGCCUAAGGGUGUGGAUAAGUGGACCCAGGCUAUGAUUGUGAAAGACACAGAAGCUACUAUAAGUGGACUAAAUGCAGGGGAAGAGUAUAUGUUCCGUGUAGCAGCAAAGAAUGAGAAAGGAACUAGUGAUCCUCGUCAAAUUGGCGUCCCUGUGAUAGUCAAAGAUCUCAUCAUUGCUCCAGUUGCUAAAAUGUUGUUCAAUACAUUUAGUGUGUUGGCAGGAGAAGACUUGACAGUGGAGGUUCCAUAUGUGGCACGACCCAAAGCAGCUGUUACCUGGGUAAAAGAUGGUCAGCCUCUGAAAAGAACUACCAGGGUCAACUUUGGUGCAUCAGACACAAUGCUGGACCUCAACAUUAAAGAGGCAGCUAAAGAUGAUGUUGGCCAAUACACUAUUACUCUUGGCAAUACUGCUGGAGAAACAAAAGUAAAUAUUGGUAUUGUUGUUCUAGACAAACCUGGCCAGCCCAGAGGGCCAGUUAAGGUAGAGGAAGUUACUUCUGAUAGUAUAACAAUCUCCUGGAAUCCACCUGAAUAUGAUGGUGGAUGCACCAUUAAAAACUAUGUCGUGGAGAAAAGGGACACAUCCACAACGAACUGGAUGGUUGUAACUCACAAUCUAGCAAGAACAAAAAUUAAGGCAGGCAGACUUAAGACUGGCUCUGAAUAUCAGUUUAGGAUUGUGGCUGAAAACAGAUAUGGAAAAGGCCCAGCUCUUUCUUCAGAAUGUAUUGUUGCUCAGUACCCAUACAAGCUCCCAGGACCACCGGGAACACCAAACAUUGCAGCCUGUUCUAAGGACAGCAUGGUUGUAGCCUGGAAUGAGCCUGUGAAUGAUGGUGGAACUACUAUCUUAGGCUAUCAUCUUGAACGUAAAGAGAGAAAUAGCAUCUUAUGGGUCAAACUAAACAAGUCUCUCAUUACUGACCAAACAUUUAAAACGACAGGUCUAGAACCAGGAAUGGAGUAUGAAUACAGAGUUUAUGCAGAAAACAUUGUAGGAAUAGGCAAAGCAAGCAAAGUGUCUGAAGGGCAUAUUGCAAGAGAUCCUUGUGAUCCUCCUGGCACUCCAGAAGCAACAAAGAUCACAAAAGACUCCAUAACAAUUGUUUGGACCAAGCCUGAAUAUGAUGGUGGUGCAAAGGUAACUGGUUAUAUUGUUGAAAAGAAGGAACUUCCUGAGGGUCGUUGGUUGAAGGCCAAUUUCACAAAUGUGAUUGAGACAGAAUAUGUUGCAACUGGACUUGUGCAAGAUAACCAAUAUGAGUUUCGGGUUAUUGCUAGAAAUGCUGCUGGUGUUUUCAGUUUACCCUCAUACAGCACUGGCCCUAUAACCGCCAGGGAUGAGAUUGAACCACCACGCAUCAGCAUUGACCCGGAAUAUACACAGACUCUUGUGGUUAAUUCUGGAGACAACUUCAAAAUUGAUGCUGAUGUUCAUGGCAAACCAUUGCCCUCCAUUCACUGGCUGAAGGGAGAACAGGAGCUUGGCAAUACAAUUCAUAGAGAAAUUAAGAACACACCCACUAAAGCUUACAUAUCUGUAAAGGAAUCUAAACUUUCAGAUGGAGGACAAUACACACUGUUGCUGAAAAAUCCUGGAGGAGAAAAGGCUACCCAAGUCAACGUUGUUGUCCUUGAUAAACCUGGGGAACCACAAGGACCUCUUAUUGUUACAGGCAUCGCCAAAGAUCAUUGCUCUCUUGCUUGGAAACCACCACUUCAGGAUGGUGGCAGCAAAAUAUCUCACUAUAUUGUUGAGAGAAGAGAGACAAGUCGGCUUGUCUGGACUGUUGUUGAUCCAAAAGUAAAGAAUGUUUGUCUCAAAGUAAAUAAACUUCUUGAAGGAGAUGAAUAUAUCUUCAGAGUUCAUGCAGUCAACCAGUUUGGAGUGGGUGCACCACUUGAGUCUGCUCCUGUUCUAAUUAAAGAUCCAUUUGUCCUACCUGGAACACCAAAGAAUGUAGACGUUUCCAAUGUCAAAAAGGAUUCGAUGGUGCUCAGCUGGGAGGUUCCUUCUGAAGAUGGUGGUAGUCCCAUUACUGGAUACAUAAUUGAGAAACAUGACAAAGAGGGAGUGAGAUGGACAAGAUGCAAUAGGCAAACAGUUACAGAUCUGACCUUUAAAGUAACUGGCUUACUGGAAAGCCAUAUUUAUGAAUUUAGAGUUGCUGCUGAAAAUGCUGUGGGUGUUGGUGAGCCAAGCACCUCAACUGUUUUCUACAAAGCUCUUGAUCCCAUAUUCCGACCAGGCCCACCACAAAAUCCCAAGGUCACUGACACAACAAAAUCAUCAGUACUUUUGUCCUGGGGAAAGCCUGUAUGUGAUGGAGGCUGUGAGAUUCAGGCGUAUAUUGUUGAGUGUUGCAUUGCCACAGAACCAGUGGUGCAACCUGAAGCACCAGAUGCAUCAGCCUCUGCCACAGAUGUACCUGCUGAGAAUUGGAUAAUAUGCACACCCCCGACAGGUGUGAAGACAACUAAAUUUGAAGUUGGAAAUCUGAAGGAAAACCAAACGUACAAGUUUAGAGUGUGUGCUAUCAACAAGGUAGGAGUUGGUGAGCAUGCUGAUCUCUCUGGAGCUGUGGUUGUGCAGGACAGGACAGAAGAGCCAGACCUUGACAUUGACCCAGAACUUAGAAAGAUUGUGUCCAUCAAAGCUGGUGCUUCCCUUAGAUUGUUUAUCCCCAUUAAAGGAAGACCCAUUCCUACCAUUAAAUGGGACAAAGAUGAAGAGGCUCUCAAAGAAACUGCUCAGGUUGAAAUAACCAGCAGUUAUACAUCCCUUGUAAUUGAUAAAAUGAGCAGAAAUGACAGUGGAAAAUAUACAGUUACUGCUCAGAACUCCAGUGGUACCAAGUCUGCAUUUGUUGUCGUCCGUGUUCUAGAUACACCCAGCGCCCCGGUUGCUCUUAAAGUGAAAGAAAUUACAAAUCAGUCAGUGACACUGGCAUGGGAGCCACCUCUUUUAGAUGGUGGAUCCAAGAUUAAGAACUACAUUAUUGAAAAGAGAGAAAGCACACGUAAAACCUAUGCUGCUGUUGUGACAAAUUGUCAUGCUCUUUCAUGUAAGAUUGAACCCCUUCAAGAAGGCUGUAGUUACUAUUUCAGAGUCCUAGCUGAAAAUACUUUUGGUGUUGGCUUGCCUGCAGCAACAGUAGACCCUCUUAAGGUUUCAGAAGUGCCUCAGUCUCCAAAAAGUUUGACUGUUACAGAUCAGACAAAAACAAGCAUCUCUCUGGCAUGGGAUAGGCCAGAAUAUGAUGGUGGAAGCAGAGUUCAACAAUAUCUGCUUGAGGUACAGUUGAAGGGCCAGGACAAAUGGUCUGGUGUAAAUACAUUUAAGACUAUGGAGACUACAGUGUCCAAUCUGAAUCCAGGACAGGAAUAUCUGUUUAGAGUUACUGCAAUCAAUGACAAAGGAAAGAGUGACCCAAAAGCCCUUGCUGGUCCAGUGAUGACCAAGGAUCUGGUAUUUGAGCCGGAUAUCCGGCCUGCAUUCAGCAGCUACAGUGUUCAUGUUGGCAAAGACAUGAAUGUUGAUAUUCCCAUCUUUGGUCGCCCUAAGCCAACAAUUGCAUGGACGAAGGAUGGAGCCCCAUUGAAGUUUACCACCAGAGUAAAUAUUCACAAUACAACUACACAUACAACUCUAAGCAUUAAGGAGGCGACAAGUGACGAUAUUGGUAUGUAUACUAUAACUGCCACUAACUCAGCAGGAAAGAAGGAAAGUGCAAUCGAAAUAAUUGUUCUGGACAAACCUGGACCUCCAUCUGGUCCAGUGAGGUUUGAUGAAAUCACAACACAGAGUGUCACAAUUUCAUGGAACCCACCAAAACAUAUUGGUGGGUGCCAAAUCUCAAACUACAUUGUACAAAAAAGAGAUACUACCACAACAACAUGGGAGAAUGUGACCACCAACUGUGCUAGAACAACCAUCAAGGUUACUAGACUAAAGACGGGAGCUGAGUACCAGUUUAGGAUCAUUGCCCAGAAUCGCUAUGGAAAAAGUCAAGGUCUAGAUUCAUCAGCUGUAGUGGCUCAAUAUCCUUACAGAGAGCCAGGCCCACCAGGAACUCCCUUUAUUACUUCUCUCUCCAGAGACCACCAAAUUGUUGAGUGGCAUGAACCUAUAAUAGAUGGAGGAAGUUCUGUUCUUGGAUACCAUCUUGAAAGAAAGGAGAGGAAUAGUAUUCUCUGGGUCAAGAUCAAUAAGACACUUAUUCAUGAGACUAGUUUCAAGAGUCAUCCAUUGGAGGAGGGUAUAGAAUAUGAAUACAGGGUCUAUGCUGAAAAUAUUGUUGGCAUUGGAAGAAGCAGUAAGAUUUCAGAGGGUUGUGUUGCUCGGGACCCAUGUGAUCCCCCUGGCACACCAGAAGCUGUCCAUGUGACCAAGGAUACAAUUGUCAUUCAGUGGACUAAACCAGAAUAUGAUGGAGGCAGUAAUAUUACUGGCUACAUUAUAGAAAAACGUGAUCUGCCAGAAGGCAGGUGGGUAAGGGCAAACUUCACGAAUGUGAUUGAGACUCAGUUUACUGUUUCUGGUCUCACAGAAAAUGCACAGUAUGACUUUAGAGUCUUUGCUAAAAAUUCAGUUGGAACAGUCAGCAAGCCAUCAUACAACAGUGGACCUAUAACAGCAAGUGACAAGGUCGAGUCUCCUAAAUACUCAAUUGACCCUGCUUUUACCAAGACUGUUAUCGUAAAUGCUGGAGAGACAUUCCGGUUGGAUGCAGAUGUCCGUGGCAAGCCACUUCCUUCGGUCCAGUGGUUCAAGGAUGAAAAGCCAGUUGAGAAUACAAUCAGACUAGAGAUCAAAAACACAGAAAAUCAUGGAAUGAUCAUUGUUAAGGACUGUGUUAGAGUUGAUGGUGGAAUUUACACACUUCUGCUGACAAAUGAGGCUGGCAGUGAAACUGUUCCAUUUAAGGUUUUGGUAAUGGAUAGACCUAGUACAUGUGAAGGGCCUCUCCAUGUCACUGGAGUAGCUGAGGAUAGAUGCACACUGGCAUGGCGGGCACCACUACAUGAUGGAGGUAAUCCUAUUACCCAUUACAUCAUUGAGAGGAGAGAGACAAGUCGCCUAGCUUGGACUGUUGUUUCUACUACCUGUAACACCACAUGCUACAAAGUUACUAAAUUACUAGAGGGCAAUGAAUAUAUGUUCCGUGUAAUGGCAGUUAACAGCCAUGGAAUCAGUGAGGCACUGGAAUCUGCUGCAGUUACUAUGAAGAAUCCUUUUGUUCCACCUGGUUCACCUCACAUUGAAGACAUAUUCAACAUUACCCAUGAUGGCAUAACAAUAACUUGGUCUGCCCCUGAGACUGAUGGUGGCACCGAGAUUAUAGGUUAUAUAAUUGAAAAGAAGGACAGGGCUGGAAUCAAGUGGACCAGAUGUAACAGACAAAAAAUAAUUGAUUUGUCAUAUAGAGUUACAGGCCUAACCACAGGUCAUGAGUAUGAGUUCAGAGUAUCUGCUGAGAAUAUUGUUGGUCCAGGAGAACCAAGCCUUCCUAGUUCAUACUACAAAGCAUCUGACCCCAAGUACAAACCUGGUGCCCCAGCAUAUGUCAAUGUAAUUGACUCUACAAAAACCUCCAUCACAGUUUCUUGGGGAAAACCUCUGUCUGAUGGUGGUAGUACCAUCCAAGGAUACAUUGUUGAAGUAUGCAAAGCUGAAGAGGAAGAAUGGAAGAUGGUUACACCCCCUACUGGUCUCCGUGUCAACAAAUAUGAAAUUCCUAAACUUACUGAGGGCCAGGAAUACAAAAUUCAAGUGUGUGCUUUGAACAAAAUGGGAGUUGGUGAACCAGUUGUUCUUUCUGGAACGGCAAAGCCAGAGGAAAGGAUGGAUCCACCACAAAUUUAUCUUGACUCCGAGCUGAGAAAAGGCAUCACUGUAAAAGCUGGUGGAUCUGUUAGAAUCUAUAUUCCUUUCAAGGGCAGGCCAACACCUGAGAUUAAAUGGACAAAGGAUGAUGGAGACCUUUCUGAAAAAGCUGUGGUUGAGAAAGCUGUGAACUUCACACAGCUCUCUAUUGACAGUUCUGACAGACAUGACUCAGGAAAAUACACCCUAAGCCUGACAAAUAGUAGUGGCUCAGUCUCUGAGUUUGUUUCAGUAAAAGUCCUUGACACGCCUGGGGCUCCACAGAACCUUGUGGUUAAAGACAUCAAAAAGGAUUCUGUUACACUUGUAUGGGAUGCACCAGCAAUUGAUGGAGGUUCGAAAAUCAAGAACUAUGUCAUUGAUAAGCGAGAAUCAACAAGGAAGGCUUACGCAAAUGUGUCCACAAAAUGCACCAAGACCACAUUUAAAGUUGACAAUUUAAUUGAAGGAGCUAUGUACUACUUCAGAGUCAUGGCUGAGAAUGAUUAUGGAAUUGGUCUGUGUGUAGAGACAAAAACUGCUUCAAAAGCCUCUGAAGUGCCACUGCCUGUUGGAAAAGUGUUUCUUACAGAUGUCACAAAAACCAGUGCUACACUGGCCUGGGAGAAACCUGAACAUGACGGUGGCAGUAGGAUUGGUGGUUACCUGAUUGAGAUGCAGCCUAAGGGCACAGAUAAGUGGGGAGUUGCAGGAAACCCAAAGACUUGUGAAGGAACUGUUACAGGUCUGACGGCAGGCAUAGAAUACUUAUUCCGGAUCAUUGCUUACAAUGAGAAAGGAAAGAGUGAGCCAAAGGCACUUGCUGCACCAGUGAUUGCAAAUGACAUGACCAUAGAACCAAGCAUCAAGAUGCAAUUUAAUACCUACAAUGUGUUAGCUGGAAAAGAUCUUAAACUGGAAUUCCCUGUACUUGGAAGGCCCAAACCUAAAAUCAGCUGGGCAAAGGAUGGUCAGGCUUUAAAGGUGACCUCUAGAGUUAAUGUUUUUAACACUCCAUUAACAACUGGAAUUCAGAUUACGGAGGCAUGUAAGGAAGACUUUGGCAAAUAUUCUAUUACUGCAACAAGCACUGUCAGCACCAUCACAGAAGAUGUGACUAUUAUUAUCCUCGACAAGCCUGGCCCACCGAAAGGUCCAGUUAAAGUGGUGGAAGUAAGCAACACUUUUGUCCAUCUAUCUUGGGAGCCCCCAGCGUACACUGGUGGUUGUCAAGUUAAGAACUACAUAGUAGAAAAGAGAGAUACCACAACCACAACAUGGCAGCCAGUUGUUACACAGCUGGCUAGAACAGCUUUUAAGGUGACAAAGCUGAAAACUGGAGCAGAAUAUCAGUUUAGAAUUAUAGCAGAAAACAGAUAUGGAAAGAGUGCAUCUCUAGACUCCAAGACCAUUGUAGUGCAGUAUCCUUACAAACCACCUGGGCCUCCUGGUACACCAUAUGUUAAAUAUGCAACUAAGGAAAUGAUGAUCAUUGAAUGGAAUGAGCCAGUUACUGAUGGUGGGAGUGCAGUGAUUGGUUACCAUCUUGAAAGUAAAGAGAGAAGCAGCAUCCUCUGGAACAAACUAAACAAAACUCGAAUUACAGAUACUCAAUUCAAGAUCUGCAAUCUUGAAGAAGGCAUUGGUUAUGAAUUCAGAGUUUAUGCUGAAAAUAUUGUUGGCAUUGGACGAUGCAGUAAAGUAUCUGAGUCCUUUGUUGCUCGUGACCCAUGUGAUCCUCCUGGUGCUCCAGAAGCUGUAUAUAUUACUAAAAGUCAAAUUAAAAUUCAGUGGACCAAACCUCAGUAUGAUGGUGGUAGUAAAAUAAAUGGAUACAUUGUAGAAAGAAAAGACCUCUCCUCCCCUGAUGGUCGCUGGGUAAGAUCCAACUUUACUAAUAUAAUUGAGACAGAGUACACAGUGACUGGUCUGACAGAGAGUGAGCAAUAUGAAUUUAGAGUUAUUGCAAGAAAUGCUGCUGGAGUCUUCAGUGGGCCAUCAGAUAGCUCUGGACCUAUCACUGCCACAGAUGACAUUGAAGCACCAAGGGCCUCAAUGGACCCCAAAUACAAGGAUAUAAUUGUUGUUUGUGCUGGGGAGAGUUUGCUUUUCGAUGCAGACAUUUAUGGAACUCCACAACCUGAGGUUGUGUGGCUUAAAGAGGGCAAAGAAAUGGAGAAAGCCUUGCGCAUUGAAGUUAAAACUACACACAAAUGUGCAGCUAUGACCAUAAAGGAUGUUACCAAACUAGAUAGUGGCCACUAUGACCUUGUUCUCAAAAACAUUGGUGGUACAAAAACCUUCCCCAUCACUGUUAAAGUUCUCGACAAACCAGGUCCACCAAUUGGUCCCAUUAAAGUGUCUGAAAUCAUGGCUGAUAGGUGCAUCCUUGCCUGGUCUGAACCAGCUCUGGAUGGUGGAGCUAGCAUCAGUCACUAUGUUUUAGAGAAGAGAGAAACCAGCAGGUUGUCUUGGACUGUAGUUGCACCAGAUGUAAAAAGCCUGUACCAUAAAGUAAAAAAUUUGCUUUCAGGAAAUGAGUACAUUUUCAGAGUCAGGGCAGUGAACAAAUAUGGGGCUGGUGAUUGCCUUCAGAGUGAACCUAUUAUUGCACGCAAUCCUUACAAGCCACCAAGUGCUCCUGGAACUCCUGAAGCAAGUCAAAUCACGAGGGACUCCAUGGUUCUGUCUUGGACAGCUCCAGAAAACACAGGUGGAGUUGACAUCCAAGCUUACCAUCUUGAAAAGCGUGACAAAGAUAGUGUGAGGUGGACAAAAUGCAACAGGCAAAAGUUGACAGAAACAAACUUCAAGGUCACAGGUCUUAUGCCAGACCACUUUUAUGAGUUCCGUGUUGCUGCUGAAAAUGAGACUGGAAUAGGAGACCUCAGUGAAUUAUCCCUUUUCUAUAGAGCAUGUGAUGCUACAACACCACCUGGACCUCCACGCCACGCUAAGGUGACAGAUUACACAAAGUCUUCUGUGUCCCUCUCAUGGGGUAAACCUGACUUUGAUGGUGGAGCCUACAUCAAGGGAUACAUUGUUGAAAUGAGGGAGUAUACACCACAACCAGAAUUAACUGAAGAAGCAGAAGUAGCACCAGCAGUACAAGCACCAGUUGAAAAAGAAUGGACCAUGUGUACUCCACCAACAGGUAUUCAGGUCACUAAACUCACUAUCACAGACCUGAAGGAUGGUGGAGAGUAUCAGUUCCGUGUUUGUGCCAUUAACUCAGAAGGAGUUGGGGAAGCAGCCAAUUUCCAUGGCACAGUAUUAACUUCUGACAGAGCAGAUCCACCAGAGAUGGAGUUGGAUGCAGACCUCAGAAAGGUGGUGUCUGUACGGGCUGGUGGAACUCUGCGCUUGUUUGUCCCUAUUAGAGGGAGACCUGAACCUUCUGUGAAAUGGGAGAAACUUGAGAGCACUUUAACAGAGCAUGCUGCAAUUGACACUACUACUUCAUACACCAUGCUUGUCAUUGACAAUGUUAACCGCUUUGACAGUGGGAAAUAUUCUUUAACACUGGAGAACAGCAGUGGUACAAAAUCUGCAGUUAUUUCAGUAAGAAUUUUGGAUACACCAAGUGCACCACAAAACUUCACUGUUAAGGAGCUCAAGAAAGAUUCAGUAACUCUUGCCUGGGACACACCACUCAAUGAUGGUGGUGCAAAAAUUACAAACUAUAUUGUAGAGAAAAGGGAAUCUGUGAGAAAGGCCUAUACUACUAUCACAAGCAAUUGUACUGCCAACUCAUUUAAAAUUGAAGACCUCCCUGAAGGUGGAAUAUUCUAUUUUAGAGUAUGUGCUGUCAAUGCAUAUGGUCAGGGACAGGCAGUUGAAACUAAAGAAACCAAAGUGUCUGAAGUGCCUCAACCACCAAACAAGGUAACUCUUGUGGAUGUAACAAAAACCAGUGCAUCACUGGCCUGGGAGAAGCCUGCUCAUGAUGGUGGCAGCAAAGUAAUGUGCUACAAUGUAGAAUUCAAACCUAAGAGUGGUGACAAGUGGGGCACAGCAUGUACAGUCAAAGUACCAGAAGCAACUGUUCCUAAUCUGAAUCCCAAUGAAGCAUAUCUCUUCAGAGUUGUUGCAGUAAAUGAGAAGGGAAAGAGUGAGCCAAAAGAUCUUGGAUUGCCAGUGGUGGCAAAAGAUGUUGCAAUAGAACCAUCCAUAAAUUUACUGUUUACAACAUAUAGCGUCAAGGUUGGGGAUGAUCUAACUCUUGAAGUGCCUGUGAGAGGCAGACCAAAACCUGUUGUAUCAUGGAAAAAGGAUAGCCUUCCUUUGAAACAAACAUCAUCAAUAACAAUCAUAAAUACAGCAACGUCAUCUAAAAUUAUUAUUAAAGGAGCUAACAGAGAACAUGUUGGCAAGUAUGAGAUCACCUUGGCUAACACUGCUGGAACAGUAACAGCUAGUAUUGGAGUUGUUGUCCUGGACAAACCCGGUCCACCUAAAGGAAUUAAGGUGGAUGCUGUGACUUCAGACAGCAUUACACUGUCUUGGUCCCCACCAGAAUAUGACGGUGGCUGCUCCAUCAGCAACUAUAUUGUGGAGAAGAGAGAUACAAACACACAGGAGUGGCAAAUAGUGGCAAGUAAUGUUGCCAGAACAUCUUUCAAAGCUGGCCGCCUUACACAUGGAGCAGAGUACCAGUUCCGCAUAUAUGCAGUUAACCGUUACGGAAAGAGUAGUUCCCUUGAUUCUCCAGGAAUUACUGCUCAAUAUAACUUCAAACAACCUGGACCUCCAUCAACGCCUAUUGUCAAACUGGCUACUAAGUCAUAUAUGUUGGUGACCUGGAAUGAGCCAGUCAGUGAUGGUGGUAGUCCUGUUCUGGGCUAUCAUUUAGAAAGGAAGGAGCGUUCUAGCAUUCUUUGGACAAAGAUGAACAGAGGAAUGAUCAAAGACACAGAAUACAAAGUCACUGGCGUUGAAGAGGGAAUGCUCUAUGAAUAUCGUGCCUAUGCAGAAAAUAUUGCUGGCAUUGGUAAAUGCAGCAAGGCAUGUGAACCUGUUGCAGCAAGAGAUCCAUGUGAUCCUCCAGGCACACCUGUGGUUACUGCUAUUACAAGAACAUCUGUCUCAUUAUCUUGGGAUAAACCAGAGUAUGAUGGCGGAUCCAAGGUUUCUGGCUACAUUAUUGAGAGGAGAGACCUUCCUGAGGGUAGAUGGACCAGGUGCAACUUCACCAAUGUGCCAGAGACUUACUAUGAUGCUACAGGCCUUACAGAGAACAGCCAGUAUGAUUUCCGUGUCAUUGCAAAGAAUGCUGCUGGACAGUUCAGUAUCUCAUCAUUCAAUACAGGCCCAAUUACUGUCAAGGAUGAUGUAGAUCCACCACGCAUCAUGAUGGAUGUCAAGUUUAGAGAGACUGUGUUUGUGAAAGCAGGAGAAACACUGAAGAUUAAUGCUGACCUUGCUGGACGUCCUGCCCCUGUCAUCUGCUGGACAAAGGAUGGCAACGAGAUUGAGCUGAGAGCCAGAAUUCAGAUUAUUUCAACAGAUACAAGCACCUGUGUUGUUAUAAAGGACUGUGUCAAAAGAGAUUCUGGACAGUAUGUCCUAACUCUCCAGAAUAUUGGGGGAACAGUUACUAUGCCAAUUAAUUGUGUGAUAAUCGAUAAACCAGGGCCCCCGGCAGGCCCUCUCCAGAUCACUGGUCUUACAGCUGAAGACUGCACUCUGUCAUGGGGUCCUUCUCAGGAAACUGGUGGUGCUAAAAUCACACAUUAUGUUGUUGAGAAGCGUGAGACCAGUCGUUUGGCAUGGACAUUGGUAAAGGGCGAUGUCACAAAGACCUACUUUAAAGUGACAGGUCUGCUUAAGGGUAAUGAAUAUAUCUUUAGAGUUCUAGCUGUUAACAAGCAUGGCAUUGGGGAGGCUCUGGAGAGUGAAGUUAUAAAAAUUACAGAUCCAUACACAAUUCCAACUGCUCCCGCAGGUGUUGAUGUCACUGACAUAACUGGAGAUUCAAUGACCCUUACAUGGUGUAAGCCAGCCAAUGAUGGAGGUAGUCCCAUUGCUGGAUAUGUAAUUGAACGUCGUGAGAAGACAGGCAUGCGCUGGGUCCGUGUGAACAGAGAUCUAGUUAAAGAGGUUACCAUGGUGGUGACAAAACUUCGCAGGGGUUGUGAGUAUGACUUCAGAGUCUAUGCUGAAAAUGCAGGUGGCCUGAGUCCUGCCAGUGAACCAUCUGCAACAUUCAGAGCACUAGAUCCCCUGAUUGUUCCUUGUCGUCCAACCAAGCCAAAAAUUAUAAAUUCCACCAAAGACACUGUGUCUAUCCUCUGGAGGCCACCAACAAAUGAUGGUGGUGCUCCCAUCUUAGGAUAUAGUGUAGAAUACAGAGAAUUUAUUCGCAAACCAGAGCCAGACAUUGAGGAUGAAGAGGAAUAUGAGGAGGAAGAAGUACCUGAGUCACCUGAAGAACUAGCCAGAUGGGUUGAAGCAAUACCUCUUACCAAAAGCUUGGAGUUCACAGUCACUGGAUUAAAGACAGACGUAGAGUAUGAAUUCUGUGUAAAGGCAAUAAAUAAAGUGGGCAGCAGUGUGCGUAGCCCAUACUCAGAUCCAGGUGCAGCAGCAGACAGAACAGCAGAGCCAUCAUUUGAUGUUGAUAUUGAGAUGCGCAAGGUUCUCAUUGUAAAACAUGGUACGUCAUUCACUCUUAGUGCACCAUUCAAAGGAAAACCAGCACCAACAGUUCAAUGGAGCAAAGAAGGUGUUGAUCUAACAGUAAGAGGAACCAUUGAAGCAACAGAAUCCAGCACGUCGCUGACUAUUGAGAAGUCAACUAGGAAUGACUCUGGAGAGUACUGUGUCACAAUUGAAUCACCAUUGGGUAAAGCAACUUUGCCCAUGGUAGUGAAAGUGCUUGACUCUCCUGGACCUCCAAUCAAUGUCAAAGUUUCAUCUGUGACUAGAGAUUCUGCAACACUGAUGUGGGAGGCUCCAGAAAAUGAUGGUGGAGAUGCAGUAAAAGCCUACCAUGUUGAGAAACGUGAGGCAAGUAAGAAGGCCUGGGUGUCUGUGACGAGCAAUUGUCAUUCUUUGACCUAUAAAGUGGAAGACUUGCAGGAGGGUGCUGUCUAUUACUUCAGAAUUAUAGCAGAAAAUGAGAAUGGAGUGGGUACACCUCAAGAGGCGAAGGGAGGAACAAAGAUUACAGAGGUACCAAGUCCACCACUGAAACUUGGAGUUGCAAAUGUCACUAAAGACAGUGUUACACUUGCCUGGACAAGACCAGAAUAUGAUGGUGGAAGCAGGGUCACUGGUUACCUCAUUGAUGCUGUAGAGAAGGGUCAGACCAAGUGGGUGAAAUGUGCAACUGUGAGGACCUUGACUCAUAUCAUUAAGAGCCUCAGAGAAGGGGCUGAAUACUUCUUCAGAGUUCGUGCUGAAAACCAUGCUGGACUCAGUGAACCUAAGGAGAUGAUUGUUCCAGUUAUUGUCAAGGAGAUACAUGAGGCUCCAGAGUUUGACUUAAAGAACUACCCCAAGAAUACAGUAUAUGUAAAAGCAGGAUCUGACCUGACUUUUGAGAUUCCUCUUACUGGAAAACCCAUGCCAAAGGUGACAAUAUCCAAAAACAAUGUUGUCAUCAAAGGGUCCAAGAGACUUCUGACAGAAGUGACUCCUGAUAGCCUACUUAUAACUCUAAGUGAAAGCGUUUCAAGUGAUGCUGGAAAAUAUGAAGUCACUGCCUCAAAUGCAGGGGGAACAACCAAGAUCUCUCUUAUUUUCAUUGUGCUGGAUAAACCUGGACCUCCCGUUGGUCCAGUUCAGAUUGGAGAGGUUGGAGAGACCACAGUAUGUCUAAAAUGGGAUCCUCCAGCAUAUGAUGGUGGAAGUCCUGUUACCAACUAUGUUGUUCUGAAACGUGAAACAAGUACUCCCGCUUGGGUAGAGGUGUCAACUAACAUCGCCAGGAGUGCUAUCAAGGUGAAUAAGCUAACCAAGGGGGAGGAGUAUCAGUUCAGAAUCAAGGCCGAGAAUCGCUAUGGUCUAAGCAACCACAUUGACAGUAAACCAGUCAUGAUCCAACUACCUUACAUAAUCCCGGGUCCUCCAUCCACCCCAUGGGUUAGCUUUGUUUCCAGAGAGAGUUUGACAGUGUGCUGGAAUGAGCCAGUCACUGAUGGCGGAAGCCCUGUAAUUGGAUAUCACCUUCAAAUGAAAGAGAGAAGCAGCAGCAUCUGGCAGAAGGUUAAUAAAACAGCAAUACCAGGAAACCAGUGGCGAGUUACAAAUAUCUGUCCAGGCCUCAUCUAUGAAUUCAAGGUAGCAGCUGAAAAUGCUGCUGGUAUCGGAAAGAUGAGCAAGACAUCUGAAGAGGUGCUUGCGAUUGAUGCCUGUGAGCCCCCAGCAAAUGUUCGUGUCACAGAAGUCACAAAGAACUCUGUCAGCCUGACUUGGCAGAAACCACCAUUUGAUGGAGGCAGUAAGAUAACUGGCUACAGUGUGGAGAGAAGGGAAGCUCCUAAUGGCAGAUGGGUGAAAGCCAACUUUACAAACAUCAUUGAAUUGGGCUUCACUGCAUAUGGACUCACUCAAGAUGAAUCUUAUGAGUUCAGAGUUUAUGCUAAGAAUGCUGUUGGAUCUGUCAGCAACCCUUCUCUUAUUGCUGGCCCCGUCACCUGUGUUGAUGCAUGUGGUGCCCCAGCUAUUGAUCUUCCUCCUGAGUAUCUGGAUGUGGUCCAGUAUAAAGCUGGGGCUUCAGUAAAACUGAGAGUAGGAAUUAUUGCCAAGCCUCUGCCAACUAUUGUGUGGCUCAAGGAUGGAAAGGAGCUGAUAACCUCUUCUACUGUGUCUGUUGAAAGCACAACAGACUCCUCCGCUGUUCUGAUUAAGGAUGCAACUCGCUUUGACACAGGCUCAUAUGAGAUUAAGAUCAAAAAUGUUUUGGGAUCAGCUUCUGCUACAAUCAGGAUUGAAAUCCUUGACAAACCUGGACCCCCCUCUGGCCUUAUCAAUUUCAACUCCAUAACAGCAGACCGGAUAAUCUUCAGCUGGGAACCAGUUCCAGAGUCUGACCAGGGAGGUUCCAAAGUUACCCACUAUGUUGUUGAGAAGCGUGAAACCAGCAGAGUGGUCUGGUCAACUGUUUCAGAUAGAUAUGAGAAUACACACAUCACAGUCGGAAAAUUGGUGCGUGGAAAUGAGUAUGUUUUCAGAGUGAUGGGAGUUAACAAAUUUGGAGUUGGAGAGCCACUCGAGUCUGAACCGGUCAUCGCUAAGAAUGCCUUUGUAACUCCUGGCCAGCCUCAUACUCCGGAAGUAAACACGGCCACCAAGACCACGAUGCUAGUAGAAUGGGACAAACCUGGAGUGGAUGGUGGUAGCCCUGUGAUUGGCUAUUAUCUAGAGAGACGGGAUAAGAAGAGCUUGCGCUGGAUCAGAGUGUAUAAAGAUCCUAUUACUGACAUCAAACAGGUGGUGUACCACCUGACAGAAGGAAAUGAGUAUCAAUAUCGUGUCUGUGCCAUUAACAAAGCUGGGGAGGGACCAUUCUCUGAUGUGUCAGACUAUUAUAAGGCUGCUGACCCAGUUGAUCCACCAGAUGAGCCUUGCAAGCUAAAGGUUGUGGACUCAACAAAGACAUCCAUCACCCUGGGUUGGUCUAAGCCUGAAUGGGAUGGAGGUAGUGAGGUUACCAGCUAUAUGGUGGAGAAGCUUGUUGAAGGAGAGAAAGACUGGGCCAUGGUUACUUCUAAGGGUGAGGUUAAGACUACAGAGUACACAGUUCACAAUCUAAAACCAGAUACAAACUACUUCUUCAGAGUCUCUGCUGUGAACUGUGCUGGCCGUGGAGAACCUUUAGAGAUGACUGAGCCUGUGCAGGCCAAAGAUAUCCUGGAGGAAGCACAGAUUGACUCAGAUGUUGCCAUGAGAACUCACUAUAUUGUCAAGGCUGGUAAAGAUGUGGAGUUGUCUGUUCCAUUGAAGGGCAGACCUGCUCCCACUGCUUCCUGGAGCAAAGGAGAAGAAUGCGUAGAUCGCAAUCCCAAAUAUGAGUUCCAUCACUCAGACACAACAACUGUGCUCAUCAUGCGUGAAGUGACCAGACUUGACACUGGAAAGUACACAGUCAAGAUAGAGAAUGGUGUCGGAGAACCAAAAACAGUAUCUCUAUCUGUGAAGGUACAGGAUACCCCAGCUCAGUGCAGAAACUUGGUUAUGAAGGAUGUUACCCGUGGAAAAGUCACCCUCUGCUGGGACCCUCCACUUCUUGAUGGUGGUGCUGAGAUCACAAACUACAUUGUUGAGAAGAGGGACUCCUCUAAGAGAUCAUACUCUGCAGUGACAAACAAAUGCACAAAUACUACAUACACUAUUGAAGAUCUCUCAGAAAAGACAACUUUCUUCUUCCGCGUCUUAGCAGAAAAUGAGAAUGGCAUUGGUGAUCCAUGUGAAACACAGGAACCUGUCAAGGCUACAGAAACUCCAGGACCAGUCAAAGAAAUUUCUAUGAAAGAUUCAUCUAAGACCUCUGUGACACUACAGUGGCUAAAGCCUGAUUAUGAUGGAGGCAGCAUCAUCUCUGACUAUGUCAUUGAGAUAAAGCUGAAGGAUGAGGAGUGGUCAAUGGGAGGAGUCAGCAGACAAUGUGAAUCUGAGGUCAAGAAACUCAAGGAGCACUCUGAGGUGUUCUUCAGAGUUGCAGCCAGAAAUGAGAAGGGACAGGGUGAUUUUGUUGAGCAUGGCCCUAUCAAGGUCAUUGACUACAUCAUCACUCCUGAGGCAGACCUCAGAGAAUACCCAGGAGGUAGCCUCAGUGUCCGUUUGGGUCAUAAUGUGCAUAUUGAGUUGCCAUACAGAGGCAAGCCUAGACCUGCUGUGCAGUGGUUAAAGGACAGUCUGCCUCUGAAGGAAAGUGACCAAGUUCGAUUUAAGACAACUGAAAACAAAGCCACUCUAAUGAUUAAGAAUGUAAAGAAGGAGAAUGAAGGCAAAUACACCCUGAGUCUUGACAACAAGGUCAACAGGAAAUCCUUCCACAUCUUUGUCAUUACUCUUGGUCCACCAUCAAAGCCAGUUGGACCCAUUCGCCUGGAUGAAGUCAGAGCUGACAAUAUCAUGAUCUCCUGGGAUGAGCCUAAUGAUGAUGGUGGGGGAGCCAUUACUUGUUACACAGUGGAGAAACGUGACACCUCCCAAUCUAACUGGAAGAUGGCUUCCUCCCAUGUUGAGAGUACUCAGUUUAGAGUCCCCAAUUUGAUCAAGGGUGUCCAAUACCAGUUCAGAGUGUGUGCUGAAAACCGAUAUGGUGUGAGUGAACCUCUAAUCUCACAAAUGGUUAUUGCUAAGCACCAAUUCAGACCUCCAGGACCACCAGGAAAACCAGUUGUUUAUAAUGUUACUAAUGAUGGCAUGACAAUCCAGUGGGAAAAACCAAUCUAUGAUGGUGGAACUCCCAUCCAGGGAUACCAUGUGCAGAAAAAAGAAAAGAAUAGCAUCAUGUGGCAAAAAGUGAACACUGUUCUUAUAAAAGAAAUGGAUUACAGGAUUUUGGAACUCAUAGAAGGUCUUGAGUACUCUUUUAGAGUCUAUGCUCAAAAUGAUGCUGGCUUUAGCCGAAUGAGUGAUGAAAGCAAGCCAACAAUGGCUGUGAGUCCUGUUGACCCACCUGGCCAACCUGAUUACACCGAUGUAACCAGUGACUCAGUAACACUAAAAUGGGAUGCCCCUAAACGUGAUGGCGGUAGCAAGAUAACAAGCUACAGCAUUGAGAAACGUCAAGGACACGGUCGCUGGUUCAAGGCCAAUCUGACUGAAGUACAUGACUGCCAGUACACUGUCACAGGGUUGACAACAAAUGAGCGCUACGAGUUCAGAGUCAUUGCUAGAAAUGCUAUAGGCAUUGUCAGUCCCCCAUCCAACUCCUCUGGUUUUAUUGCUGUACGAAGUGAAAAUGCUCCUCCAAAUAUUGAGUUUGGGCCCGAGUACUUUGAGGGUUUGACAGUAAAGGCAGGAGAUAACAUCCGGGUGAAAGUGACCGUCACUGGACGCCCAGUUCCGAAAGUUGUCUGGUUCAAAGAUGAUGUGGAGAUUACCAAAAAGAUGAUGGACAUCAUUACUGUUCCUGGAUCCAGCACUCUGUUUGUCCGAGAUGCUGACCGCACACAUCGUGGCCUAUACACUGUAGAAGCUACCAAUGGAUCCGGAACCAAAAAGGAGACUAUUCUAAUUCAAGUACAAGACACACCAGGGGAGCCAGUAGGACCAAUCACCUUCACAAAUAUUUCAGAGGGCAAGUGCACUCUGUCUUGGAACCCACCAGAAAAUGAUGGCUGCUCUGAGAUUACACAUUACAUCAUUGAAAAACGGGAAACUGCCAAAAUUUCCUGGGCCUUAGUGUCUGAUGAAUGUAAGGAGUGUACUUUUAAUGCAACCAAGCUCAUCAAGUCCAAUGAGUACCAGUUCAGGGUGUCUGCAGUUAACAAGUUUGGUGUUGGUAGACCCCUGGAAUCCAGUCCUAUCAUUGCACAACUGCAAUACACAACUCCUGAUGCCCCAGGAACUCCUGAUGCCACUGAGGUGACAGGAGAGAGCAUAACACUGUCCUGGACUUCUCCAACAUCUGAUGGAGGCAACCCUAUUCAGCAUUAUAUUUUAGAGAAAAGAGAAAAGAAAACCGUUCGGUUUUACAAGGUGAUUACCAAAAAACCUAUCAUUGAAUGCGCUCACAAGGUGCUUAACCUAUCAGAAGAUAUGGAAUAUGAGUUCCGAGUCAUGGCUGUCAACGACGCUGGCUUUGGGCCUCCUAGCAACAUCUCUUUGCCAAUCAAGGCUGCUGAACCUAAAGACAUUCCAUGUGCUCCAUCUGUGGUUUGUGUGUCAGACUCCACAAACACUUCCAUUAGUUUGGAAUGGACCAAACCAGUUGAUGAUGGAGGCAUGGAGAUCAUUGGCUACAUCAUUGAAAUGGUGAAGGGAGAAGGCACUGAAUGGAAGAGAGUAAAUGAGGAACUUGUGUCAGAAACUAAUUAUGUGGUGACAGGUUUACAGACAGGAGCUGAGUACAAAUUCCAUGUUGCAGCAGUUAAUCAUGUAGGCAGAGGUGAAGACAAGGAGAUUCCAGAACCUGUUCAGGCUGUUGAUAGGUUAACACCACCACAGGUGGAUAUUGAUGCCACAUUUAAACAGACACACAUAGUCAAGGCUGGAGGUUCUAUAUGUUUGGGCAUUCACUUCAGAGGAAAGCCCAUUCCUUCUGCUACAUGGGUGAAGGAGGAAGGAGAACUAAGCGGAAUGUCAGAGAUCACAACUAUUGAUGGUUACAGCUCUUUAAGCAUCGAAAACUGCUCUAGAUAUGACACAGGCAAAUACACAGUCAACCUGGAGAAUUCCAGUGGUAGUAAGGCUGUUGCCUUUGUGGUAAAAGUAAUGGAUACACCUGGACCGCCACAGGCCGUAGCUUUCAAGGAAGUCUCCAGAGGAUCAGUCACACUUGUCUGGGAGCCACCUGUCAAUGACGGUGGAGCUCGUAUUCAUCACUAUAUUGUUGAGCGGCGUGAGGCUAGUCGACGGACAUGGCAGCAAUCUGGUGGCAAAUGCACACAGGGUAUUCUCAAGAUCCAGGACCUGCUGGAGGGAGUUCCUUAUUUCUUCAGAGUCUCAGCUGAAAACCACCAUGGUCUGGGUGAGGCCUUUGAGUUAACUGAACCAGUCAUUGCCACAGCAGAGCCAUCAUCUCCAAAGAGACUGGAUAUCCUCGAUACCACAGAUAAUUCUGUGUUACUAGGCUGGUUGAAGCCAGAACAUGAUGGUGGCAGCCGCAUUCAGUGUUAUGUUAUUGAGGCUAGACCAAAGGAUGGAGACAAAUGGGUAGUGGUUGGAAACACCAAGAAUCUUACCUUUGCUGUUGAAAAGCUCAAUAAGGGUGAUGAGUAUGACUUCCGUGUGAAGGCUAAAAAUGAAGCUGGUUAUAGUUUACCAAAGAAAACUCUGGCGCCCGUGCUGGUAAAGGAGCCUCACAUUGAGCCUGCUGCUGACCUUAGUGAGAUACCCAACCAGCUUGUCACAUGCAGGUCUGGCGGCACAUUCACCAUCGAUGUUCCUAUCAUUGGUAGACCUGCUCCUAAGGUCUCAUGGAAGUUGGAAGAAAUGAAACUAAAGAACUCAGACAGAGUCACCAUCAAAGUAUCUAAAGACAGAGCUAGUAUCUCAGUCAAAGAAGCCAUGAGAGGAGAUGGAGGAAAAUACUAUCUUACGCUGGAAAAUGUAACAGGAACCAAGACAUUUACGGUCGAAGUUAACGUUACAGGUAGACCAAGUCCUCCAUCUGGACCAAUUGAAAUUUCUUCCAUCACCUCUGAGUCCUGCGUUGUUAAUUGGCAACCACCUGAGGAUGAUGGUGGCACUGACAUCACCAACUACAUUGUGGAGAAGCGUGAAUCUGGCUCCACAGCUUGGCAGUUGAUCAACUCUAGUGUGAAGCGCACAUCUCUUCAUGUUAGUCACCUGACCAAAUAUAUGCAAUACACAUUCAGAAUCUCAGCUGAGAACCGAUUUGGGGUCAGCAAGCCCACUGAGUCCGAGACGAUCGUUGCAGAACAUCCCUUCUCACCUCCAGGACCUCCAACAAAACCUUCAGUAUUUAAUGUCACAGCAAACACAAUGACCCUAAGAUGGGAGGAACCCUACCAUGAUGGUGGAAGCAAGGUGACAGGCUACUGGAUUGAAAAGAAGGAGAGAAACAAUAUAUUGUGGGUUAGGGAAAAUAAGAUCCCAUGCUUUGAAUGCUACUACAAGGUGGAAGGCCUAGUUGAAGGCCUGGAAUACCAGUUCAGGGUCUAUGCCAUGAACAGUGCAGGACUCAGCAAAGCCAGUGAGGCCUCUAAGGGAGCAGUUGCUCAAAAUCCAGUUGAUCCACCAAGUAAACCUGAAGUCACCAAGGUUACAAGAACCACUGUCUCCUUGAAAUGGUCAGCUCCAUUGAAUGAUGGCGGUAGUCCAAUUGUUGGCUACAUCAUCGAACGAAAGCCCUACACUUUGACAGGCGAGGGCCGCUGGCUCAAGUGUAACUACACCAAUGUAACAGAUCAUUUCUUCACCGUUACUGCCCUUGGAGAGGGAGAGGCCUAUGAAUUUAGGGUGAUUGCAAAAAAUGCCAACCAAGUCUUCAGCACACCAUCUGAAUCCACAGGGUCUGUGCAGUGCAAGACUGAUUUUGAACCACCAAAGGCCAAUUUGGACAGCAAACUUCUCUCUGAAACUGUAAUGGUCAGAGCUGGUUCAGACCUGGUUCUGGAUGCUGCAGUGGGAGGUAGACCUGAUCCAAAGGCUUUCUGGUCCAAGGGCAACAGGGAAUUGGAGAUGUGUGAAAAGUAUCACCUGCAGUACACCCCUACCAGAGCUAUGGCCAUUAUUAAAUUUUGUGACAGAGAUGAUACUGGGAAAUACAUCCUAACAGCCAGAAACGUGAGUGGAACCAAGACUGCAGAGGUCAAUGUCAAAGUUCUUGACACACCUGGAGUGUGCGAAGGCAACAUUGAAAUCAGCAAAAUAACAGAAGAGUCAUGCACUCUAAGCUGGAAGCCUCCUCUUGAGGAUGGCGGAGAUGACAUUACACACUACAUUGUAGAGAGGCGUGAUACCAACAGGCUGAACUGGGUGAUCAUGAAUGCUGAGUGCAAGGAGCUGACAUGCAACAUCACUGGUCUGUUCAAGAACACAGAGUACUUGUUCAGAGUUCGUGGAGUCAACAAGUAUGGUUCCGGCGUUUACCUCCAGUCACAGCCGAUGGUGGCCAAAAACACAUUCACUGUUCCCACUCCUCCUGGAGCCCCAGAGAUUCUAGUUUCAGGAAAGGAUUUUGCCACUAUAGAGUGGCUAAAGCCAGAAAAUGAUGGUGGUAGCCCAAUAACUCAUUACCUAGUUGAAAGACAUGAGAAAAAGAGUGCCCGCUGGGUAAAGGUGAACAAGGAUGGUGCUCACCUGGAUACCACUCUAAAGGUGGCCGGUUUGACUGAAGGAAACAUCUAUCAGUUCAGAGUGACAGCCAUUAACAAGGCCGGAGAGAGUGAACCCAGUGAGGUUUCUCUCUAUGUCGUCUGCAGAGUGCCAACGAGCACUCCUGCACCUCCUUCUAUUCCUCGAAUCAUCGACACCCAUGCUGACAGCAUUAGCCUUGCUUGGUCUCGACCUGUGGAAGAUGGAGGUGCUGAUGUGAUUGGCUACAUUCUGGAGAUGCAGGAAGCUGGGGCAGAGGAGUGGAAGAAGGCCCAUGAAAAGACCUUGCGUGCUGCAGAGUAUGUGGUGACUGGACUUUCUGCAGGCAAGAAGUAUUGUUUCAGAGUGGCUGGUAUCAACGUCAAUGGUACAGGAGACUUUAGUGAACCAUGUGCCGAGACUGAGCCAGUGGAAAGAAUUGAACCUCCCGAUUUUGAGCUCCACGAUGACCUCAAAAAGACAAUCUGUUUGCGCGCUGGUGGCUCCCUCCGCCUUUUUGUCAGUGUCACAGGCCGUCCUGCCCCUACCAUAACAUGGAGCAAACCUGGUGUUGACCUCCAUAACAGAGGCUUCAUUGAGGUCACAAACAAAUCCACCACUCUCAUAAUUGACAAGGUUCAUCGCUAUGAUGCUGGCAAGUACACGCUGUUGGCUGAGAACACUGCUGGGAAGCAGGAAGUCAGUAUUCUUGUCAAGGUUUAUGACACACCUGGACCAACUGGGCCAAUCAAGAUGAAAGAGCUCACUAAGGACUCUGCCACCAUUUCCUGGGAAGCCCCAGCUGUGGAUGGUGGUGCUCCUGUCAAUAACUACAUCAUUGAAAGACGAGAGGCCUCAAUGAGAGCCUACAAGACAGUAACUUCCAAGUGCAGUAAAACUUCCUAUAAGAUUGAUAAUCUGAUGGAGGGAAUGCUAUAUUACUUCCGUGUCCUCCCUGAAAACAUUUAUGGAAUUGGAGAGCCCUGCGAGACUCCAGAUGUCAUCUUGGUUUGUGAAGUUCCUCUUCCACCACAUAAGUUUGAGGUGACAGAUGUCACCAAGAGCACAGUCACUCUGUCUUGGGAAAAGCCAGAGCAUGAUGGUGGCAGUAGGUUGACAGGUUACAUCAUUGAAGCUUGCAAGUUUGGUACUGACAAGUGGAUGAAGGUGGCAACACUGAAACUCACAGACUUUGAACACACCAUAGAGAAACUGAAUGAGAAAGAACAAUAUUUGUUCAGAAUUAAAGCUGUCAACAGCAGAGGAGCCAGUGAGCCAAAAGAACUUGUUGCUGCUGUCACUGUCCAGGAACAGAGAGUGAUGCCUGCGGUAGAUAUGGCCAGCAUUCCCCAGAAGGUUGUUAAUGUUUUGGCUGGUAAGACAUUGGAGCUGGACCUACCAAUCAUUGGCAGGCCUCCUCCUGUUUCAUCCUGGUAUUUUGCGGACAACAAGAUAAAGAUAACAGAUCGGGUGAAGGUCAAAAGCACUGGCAAGUUCUCCAAGCUAACUGUGUCUGACACAACCAUUAAUGACAGCGGUGACUACAUACUUGAAGUCAAGAAUGUUGUUGGAGUCAUCACUGAGGUCAUCAAGGUCAUCAUUCUCUCUAAACCAGAUGAACCAAACGGGCCUAUACGAUUUGAUGAGAUUGAUGCCACUACAGUCACCUGCAGCUGGGAUCCCCCAGUCAGAGAUGGUGGAGCUCCCAUUAGUGGUUAUUUAGUAGAACAGCGUGAUGCUCACAGACCUGGCUGGGUGACUGUUUCUGACUCUGUGAGCAGACCGUUGUUCAGGUUUGAGAACCUCAUUGAGGGAGAUGAAUAUGUCUUCCGUGCAGCUGCUGUGAAUCGCUAUGGCACCGGAGAGUUCCUCCAGUCUGAGAUUGUCACUUGUAGGAGCUUGAAAAAUGUGCCUGGACCUCCUGGUCGUCCAAUUACCUUUGAUGUGUCUCGUGAUGGAAUGACUGUGGCUUGGGAGCCACCAGAUGAAGACGGUGGUCUUGAGGUUUCUGGAUACAUCAUUGAGCGCAAAGAAGUAAGGGCUGACCGAUGGGUGCGUGCAAACAAGAACCCUGUCACUAUGACCAGGUACAGGUCAACUGGGUUGAUUGAAGGCCUGGAAUAUGAACAUAGAAUCACAGCCAUUAAUGCAAGAGGCCUGAGCAAGCCAAGCUUGCCAUCCAAACCAGCAGUAGCAACAGAUCCCAUUGAUCCACCCGGCUGUCCUCAAAACCCAAGAAUCACAGAAACUACCAAGUCAUCUGUGUCGCUUGCUUGGAGUCCACCUGAUGAUGAGGGAGAUGCUAGAGUAGAUGGUUAUUUGAUUGAAAUGCAGAAGGUGGGCUCUGUGGCCUGGAUCAAGUGCAACACCACGCCAUCUCUCAUAUGCGAGUACACGCUGACCAACAUGCCCCAAGGAGAGGAGUUCAAAUUCCGUGUAAUGGCUUGUAAUGCUGGUGGUUCUGGAGAACCUGCAGAAGUACCAGGAACGGUCAAAGUAACAGAAAUGCUUGAAUCUCCUGAUUAUGAACUGGAGUUGAAAUACAAAGAUGUGUACGUUGUCCGUCAUGGAGGAGUGGUUAGACUCUCCGUACCCAUUAAAGGCAAACCCCUUCCAACUUGUAAAUGGUCAAAGGAUACUGGAGCUAUCGCUGUGAAGGCUAUGAUUGCCUCCACCGAGGACUCCAGUGAGUUGGUGAUAAAGGGAGCAGAGAGGAGUGACUCUGGUCUGUAUGAGCUCCUGCUGGAAAAUAAGGUUGGAAAGAAGAAAGCCCAGAUUAAGGUCAGAGUCAUCGGCCGCUCAAGUGCUCCAGAGGGACCAAUGGUCUUUGAGGAAAUCCAAGCCAACUCUGUAAAGGUCUCUUGGAAGCCACCCAAGGAUGAUGGUGGCUCAGAGAUUCUUGGCUACAUUGUAGAAAGGCGUGAAGCAGCCAGAAAUGCCUGGUACACCGUGGACUCUAGAGUAACUGAGACCCAGCUUGUUGUUAAGGGCUUAAAAGAAGGAACAGAAUACCACUUCAAAGUUACUGCUGAAAACUCAUUUGGCAUCAGUGCAUCUCUAAAAUCUGAACAACCACUGGUACCAAAGACUCCUCUCUGUCCUCCUGAGCCUUCAACUGCCCCCCCUGAGAUAAUGGAUGUUACCAAAAGCUCAGUGGCACUUGCCUGGUCCAGACCAAAGGAUGAUGGAGGAUCUGCCAUUAAUGGUUAUUUUGUUGAGUACAAGGAGGUUUCCACUGAGACAUGGAUCCGCCAUGAGACCAAGAUCACCUCUACUAUGUUUACUAUACAUGGACUUACUCCUGAUACAGACUACCAAUUCCGCAUUAUUGCUGUUAACAAUAUAGGUGAAAGUGAGGCUGGUCCAGCAUCUGAUCCUGUCACAUGCAAAGAUCCAUUUGACAAGCCCAGUCAACCAGGAGAGAUUGACACAGUGAAUGUAAGUAACAACUUUAUUACUAUUUGCUGGCAACCUCCUGAGUGUGAUGGCGGAAAGGAAGUCCUGGGCUACUGGGUUGAGUACAGAAAAUCUAUUGAAAGCACCUGGAAGAAGUGCAAUAAACAGAGGGUUAAGGAAAAGGAAUUCACCAUGGUAGGCCUGGCUGAGGCCACCGAAUAUGAGUUCAGAGUCUUUGCUGAGAAUGAAACAGGAAUGAGUAGACCCCGUAGGACUGCCACAUGCAUCAAGACGAAACUAAUAGCUGAAAGUAAACCAAGCCUUAGGAAAGAAAUGGAUGAAGCCACUGCCAAGCUUGGCCAGCCUGCUGUCAUGAAAUGCCAGAUUGUUGGCCGACCUGUUCCAGAAAUUAAGUGGUAUCACGCUGGAAAGGAAAUUGUUGAGUCCCGCAAGUAUGAGAUGAGCUCUGACGGCCGCAACCACUCCCUGUCUAUCAUGACAGACCAGCAGGAAGAUGAAGGAGAAUAUACUUGCAAGGCAGUGAAUGAAGCAGGAGAAGUUGAGACCACUGGCAUUCUAGUGUUGGAGGCUGCUCCAUCCUUCCACCCCGAUUACCCACUUAAGGAAACAUAUUAUGCUGGACUGGGAACAACUCUACGCAUCCAUGUUGUUUAUAUUGGUCGUCCUCAGCCAAAGAUCAUGUGGCUGCAUGGAGCUAAGACACUGGAAAACACAGAGGAAAUUAGCAUUGAGACCACUGAGCACUACACACACCUAGUAGUAAAGAACGCCCAGCGCAGAGUGAAUGGAGGAAAAUAUAGGAUCAGACUGCAUAACCACUUUGGCAGGGCUGACACUGCAUUCAAUGUUGAAAUUUAUGACAAGCCUGAUAUACCUCAGGGACCCAUUGUCCUGGAUGCCCUCCUUAAGAAUUCUGUCAUUAUCAGCUGGAAACCGCCCAAGGAUGAUGGAGGCUGUAUGAUCACCAACUAUAUUGUAGAAAAAAGAGAAGACAAAGAGGGCAUGGAGUGGGAACUUGUGUCUUCCUCCAUUAACAGCACAUCUUGCCGUGUGCCCAACCUCAUCGACAGUGCUGGAUACUUUUUCCGUGUUUAUGCCCAGAAUAGAUAUGGCAACAGUGAGCCACUGGAGCUAAUCUCUCCCAUCCUGAUCAAGAGCCAACUGGAGAGACCAUCACCACCUUUGUCACCAGUUGUUUCUGGUAUCACUAAGGAUUCCUGUGUGGUUUCCUGGAAGCCCCCACUAAGCGAUGGGGGAUCUAAGAUCAAGAGCUAUUGCCUUGAAAAGAAACAUAAAAAAGAUAAGAAGGAAUGGACUGAAUGGACUCCAGUUACCACAGAUGAGAUCAAGCAAACUGUAUUCUCUGUCAAGCACCUAACUGAGGGCAUAGAAUACAUCUUCCGUGUCAAGUGUGAAAACCUUGGAGGAGAAAGUGAUUACAGUGAGGAGACCCCUGCCAUCAUACCUGCAACUGCCAUAGAUGUCCGUGCUCCUGCCUUCAAGGAGGAGCUGAGGAACAUGAGUGUCAAAUACAAGAGCAAUGCUACCCUUGUGUGCAAGAUUACAGGACAGCCUAAGCCUGUGAUUAAAUGGUUUAGACGAGGAAAGGAGAUCCACUCAGAUGGAAAGAAGAUCAAGAUCCAGGAGUUUAAGGGAGGAUACCACCAGCUGGUCAUCACUGAGGCUGAUGAGGAAGACUCCACUGUUUAUCAGAUCAGAGCCACCAACCAAGGGGGCUCAAUAUGUGCUACAGUCUCUCUAGAUGUUGAAAUCCCUGCCAAGAUUAAUUUACCAAAGAACCUGAAAGACAAGGAAGCCAUCCCAGCUUUACGUGGGGAGGUGGUCAAUAUCAAGAUUCCCUUCAGUGGUAAACCAGAUCCUGUUAUUACAUGGCAGAAGGGACAAGAUCUUAUUGACAGUAAUGGUCACUACCAGGUGAUCGUCACUAGAUCGUUCACUUCCCUGGUGUUUGCCAAUGGAGUGGAAAAGAAGGAUGCAGGUUUCUACAUUGUCUGUGCCAAGAACAGAUUUGGUAUUGAUCAACAAACCGUUGAAUUGGAUGUUGCUGAUGUGCCUGAUCCACCUCGUGGCAUCAAAGCCAGUGAUGUGUCCAGAGACUCAGUCACACUGAACUGGGUGGCUCCAGCCAAUGAUGGUGGCAGCAAGGUUAUAUGCUACAUCAUUGAAAAAUGUCCGACCACUGCUGAGAGGUGGGAACGUGUUGCACAGUCCCGUGACACCCACUAUACCGUAAUUAAUUUGUUUGGAGGUACAAGCUAUCAGUUCAGAGUUAUUGCUGAAAACAAAUUUGGACAGAGUGCCCCAUCUGAAAGCAGUGGACCUGUCAUGACUAAAGAAGACAAAUCCAGAGUUUUGCUUUAUGACAGAGAGGUUGGUGAUACUGAACGAGUCCCCAAGGGCAAAGCUCAACACUCUGACACCAAGAAUCUGCACAACAAAUAUUCCAUUGCAGAAGAACUGGGCAGAGGCCAAUUUGGCAUUGUUCACCGCUGUGUUGAUAUUAGCUCUGAGAAGACCUACAUGGCCAAAUUUGUCAAAGUGAGAGGUGCUGAUCAGGCAAUAAUUAAAAAGGAAAUUGCAACACUCAAUUUGGCCAAACACGCUAACUUCCUGCUUCUUCAUGAGUCCUUUGAAAGCCCUGAGGAAUUGGUCCUGAUCUAUGACUUCAUUUCUGGCCAUGACAUCUUUGAGCGCCUUAAUACAGCAGAGUUUGAGUUCAAUGAACGGGAGAUUGUUAACUAUAUCAGGCAGAUCUGUUCAGCUCUGGAAUAUCUGCAUUCUCAGAGAUAUGGGCACUUUGAUAUCAGACCUGAAAACAUUGUAUACACAACUAGAAGCAGCUCAACUGUGAAGAUUAUUGAACUGGGGCAAUCCAGACAUCUGACACCUGGAGAACAAAUCAAGAUUCAGUACACUACUGCAGAGUAUGCUGCCCCUGAGAUCCACCAGUGUGACAUGGUUAGUACAGUUACUGACAUGUGGUCUGUGGGUGUCCUUACCUACGUGCUUCUCAGUGGUCUUAAUCCAUUCACAGCCGAAACCAACCAACAAAUGAUUGAUAACAUUUCAAAUGCAGCCUAUGGCUAUGAUGAUGAGUCAUUUAAGCAAGUAAGUGUAGAAGCCUUAGACUUUACAGAUCGUUUAAUGACAAAAGAACGCAAGCACCGUAUGACUGCAGCUGAGGCUUUGCUGCAUCCUUGGCUAACAAAACCUGUAGAAGAGAUAAGUGCCAGGGCAAUCCCAGUAGGCAGACACAAGAGAUACUACCAGACAAUGGUCAAGAAAGAAUGGAGCACUGCAAUUUCUGCUGCCCGUGUGGCCAGCGGUGGUUCAAUCAGGUCCCAGCGUGGUGUCUUUGUCUCUAAAGUAAAGAUUGCUCCAUUUGAACAUGGUCCUCUUGCAGGCCAAGUUAGCCAUGCAGUGGUCAAUGAAGGAGAUAAUGUGAAGUUCAUCUGUAACAUUGAAAAUUAUGACAGCACCACUGAAGUUACAUGGUACUGUGGUGUCAGGCAACUUGAAGCUGGAGACAAAUAUGAAAUUGAAUAUGAAGAUGGUCUGGCUGUAAUUACCAUCAACAAGAUCACUAGAGCAGAUGAUGGCACUUACAGAUGCAAGGUUGUGAAUGAGUAUGGUGAAGAUAGUGCUUAUGCAGAGCUUUUUGUCAGUGGGGUUAGAUCCUACCGUGACUUCUUCACUACUCGUGUGGUUAGAAGAACAAAGCGAAGAGUUGACACUGCUAGACUGCUUCAGAAGCCACCAGAAUUUACUCUUCCUCUGGUCAACCGCACAGCCUAUCUUGGUGAGGAUGUGCGCUUUGGAGUAACCAUCACUGUUCAUCCUGAGCCUCGUGUUAUCUGGCAUAAAUCUGGACAAAAGCUUAUCCCUGGACAUGAUGACAGGAAAUACACCUUCACUACUGACAAAGGCUUGUACCAGCUUAUAAUCCACAAUUUGGAAAAGGAGGAUGAUGCUGAGUACAGUGUUGUAGCCCGUAACAGGUAUGGCGAUGACAGCUGCAAGGCCCGCCUCACUGUUGUUCCUCGCCCUAAACCAGCAGAUCUCACUUUGAGGCCCAUGUUCAAACGGUUGCUUGCAAACAUUGAGUGCAAGGAGGGUCAGAAUGUUCGUUUUGAGAUUAGAGUUUCUGGCCACCCAACACUGAAGUGGGAGAAAGAUGGCACACCUUUAGCCUUUGGACCAUCCAUAGAAGUUGUUCAUGAAGGCUUGGACUACUACAUCCUUCAUGUAAGAGACACUCUCCCUGAGGACUCUGGUGUAUACAGGGUUACAGCAACCAACUCUGCUGGAUCUGCCAGCUGCCAAGCAACUCUUAAAGUGGAGAGAGUAACUCAUGUAAAGAAGGAAUAUGAGCCCAGUGAAAAGGAGAAGCAAAAGAUAGCUGGACAAGAGGAAUUGGAUAAAAAGGUUAGACUGGCUCAGAUUUUGGCAGGCACUGUUGUUACACCUCUCCCACCUGCAGCAGUAGAAGCUGUCAGGGAGGCAGCCACUAUGUUUAAACCUGCUGUUACAACUAAGAAAGGUGAGAAAACUGAAGCUGAAAUUAAGAAAGAACAAGAGGAGAGAAAAAAGAGAGCAGAUGAGAAAAGGCUUCGUAUGCCAUAUGUUGUUCCUGCACCUCGUGUCAUUAAUCCAGCUGUUCUCGAGGAAGAUGUGGAAAUUAAACACUUCCAGCCACUGUCUGACAUGAAAUGGUACAAGAAGCUGCGGGAUCAAUAUGAAUUCCCUGAGCCAAUGGAAAAAAUCAGGCAAAAGAGAAUGAAGCGUAUCCGUCUGUCACGGUGGGAACAGUUUUAUGAGGUGCCCAUCAGGAUCAAGGAACAGUAUAAACCUAAGUGGCGCAUCUCUUCUAUGACUCAGGACGACUUGGAGACUGUGAGGCCCGCAAGGCAUCGCACUCCUUCUCCUGAAAUGGAGGCCUACCGCAGGCUCAGGAGGCGUUCUCUGGGAGACCUCUCAGAUGAGGAGCUACUGCUACCUGUAGGUGAAUAUCUCUCUAUGAAGAGAACAGAAGAAGAAAGACUCCGUCUGGAGGAAGAGUUGGAGCUUGGUUACUCUGCUUCUCCACCUAGUCUAAGUCCAGUUCGCUUUGAACUGUCUGCUUUGCGCCCAACAUCUCCAAGGAGAGUCUACAGUGAUGAGGAAGAAGGAGAAGAGAUUAAAAGAUAUGAUUCAUACAGAAUUCCUUCUAAAUAUGAGGCUGGCCCAAGUUUUGUUGAUCUUCGCCAACGUCAUGACAAGACAACAUACAAGCCUCCAAGACAGAAACAACGGGUGUAUGAAGAAAGAGAAGAUUUAGAGCUGCUACGUCCACAUGCAACCACUGAGAGAAUCUCUUCUUACAAGAGUCAACUCAAGCACAUGGAAUUUGAGGAAAAGACACGUACCUCUAGAAAGGAAGCCAUUACAGUUUCAACCUACUCUGAGAGCACUGAAUCUGAGCAUAUAACAACUUUUGCAACAGAAUAUAUUCCUAAACCUAUAAAAAAGGUUCCAUUACCUGAACCACAGGUAGAAAAAUCAUAUGAAGCAGGAAAGUCUUCAAAGACAGAUGUCACACUUCCAAAAGUGGACUUUUUGUCUAGGUAUGAGGAGAGAAAACAGGCACUCAGAUCAGAGAGAAGAUCUGUAGAGAAGAAAGUCGAGGUUGUAACACAGGCUCCCUUCAGUCUGGACCAUGCCCCACGUAUUACCAUCAGGAUGCGAUCUCAUCGUAUACCCUACGGUUCCAACACAAAAUUUACCCUGAAUAUCCAAGCCAAACCUGAGCCUGAGAUCAAAUGGUUCCACAAUGGGAAGGAGAUUCAUCAAAGCAGCAAAUACUACAUGACCAACAUCAGUGGAGUUUUAACUCUGCAGAUCAACAACUGUGUGACAGAAGAUUCAGGUACAUACCGUAUAGUCUGCAAGAAUGCUAAAGGAGAAACUUCUGAUUAUGCUACGUUAGAUGUAGCAGGGGAAGAGUAUGCUGCUUUUUCAUCACUUCGCAAAGAUGAGGAACCACCAUCAGCUCAUCUGCCAGAGAUGACUCGAACAGAGGUGUAUCAUGUUUCUUCAUCCAAAACAACUGUAGAGGAAACGGUCACUGAAAUUGUAAAAGAGACAACUACUGUUGUUGAGGAGCCAAGGGAGAAACCAGGAGUCCCUGCCGCAAUCCUGACUAAACCACAGUCCUUGACUGUGGAGGAAGGAGACAAUGCUCGAUUUGAGUGUGAUGUGGAUGGUGAACCAGCGCCUUCUAUGUCCUGGCUUCGUGAAGGAACCACCGUUGCUCCUUCUGCCCGUCACCACAUUGUAUCCACUCAGUACAAUUCCACCUUUGAGAUUUCUGCAGUUGAGGUGUCAGAUGAAGGGAGUUACACCUUGCUAGUAGAAAAUGCUACUGGAAAGCAGGAAGCCCAUUUCACUUUAAAAAUAAAAAAGUCUGAGUCAAAGGAGAAAGUAGUUGCUACUCCCAGAAUUACUUCUCCAGAGGCUAAAUCACCAUUACCCAAGUCCCCUGAACCGGUCAAAUCCCCUCAGAGAGUCAAGUCACCUGAGCCAGUCAAAUCUCCCCAAAGAGUAAAAUCUCCAGUUUCCCCAAAAUCCCCAACACCAAAGUCCCCAACACCGAAGUCUCCUACUCCGAAGGCCCCAACUCCCAAAUCCCCAACUCCAUCUGAAAGGGAGCAAGUGAUCCCACCAAUCAAGUCACCGAAGAGGGUGAUGUCACCAACUAUUGAAAAGAAGCCCUUUUUUUCAACAGGACUCAAUGAUGUCACUGCAUCCUGUGACUCUAUUGUCAAACUUUCUGUGAAGGUGACAGGAGAGCCCAAACCUACCGUCUCUUGGUCAAAGGAUGGAAAGGCACUAUCUCAAGGUGGAAAGUAUGAAUUAUUUGAUGACCAAUGUUCAGCUCAUCUAGAGAUCUAUGAAUCAGAGGUAUCUGAUAGUGGUGUCUACAAGUGCACAGCCAUAAACUCCUCUGGAGCAGUAUCAACAACCUGCACAGUCACUGUGAAAGAAUUAAAGAGCCCUGUUCCAAUCUCUGAGGAAAUCCUAAGAAAGAAAAUGUUGGAUGAGGAAAUAUUGUCUUGCGUGAAGGAUAUGAAGUCCUCUGAAAUCCAGAAAUCCAUCAAAGAAGGUCAAUCUGUGACUCUUAGGGCCAACAUUCAUGGGGCUUCUGACAUCAGAUGGAUUCUGAAUGGGCAGGAACUGGACAACUCAGAGCAGUACAAAUAUGGAGUAUCUGGAAAUGACCAGACUCUGACCAUCAAGUGUGUCAGUCAGCGAGAGCAAGGGAUUAUCACCUGUCAAGCUCAAACAGAGCAAGGCCUGAUUCGGUGUCAGUUUAACAUCAAUGUCACACUCAAGAGCUCUGAUGCACCCUACUUCCUGGUGCAACCAAGGUCUCAAAACGUGAACGAGGGACAAAAUGUUAUGUUUACCUGUGAAAUUGGUGGAGAUCUUUCCCCUGAACUGGAGUGGUUGAAAGACAACACGCUUAUAUGUGUCACUCCAAACAUCAAACUGAGCCGUUCUAAGAACUUAUACACUCUGGAGAUUUAUGAAGCCACAAUUGCAGAUAGUGGGAAAUAUACAGUAAAAGCCAGGAAUAAGUUUGGACAGUGCUCUGCAACAUCAUCACUCAACGUCCUUACUCUUGUUGAGGAACCAAUACAAAUGGCUAUUGUGGAGCAAAGAGCUUCUACUGAGGCUGCUAUGAGCAUGCAGAAAAGUUUCUUAGCCUCGUCAGUUAAUGUGGAAGCGUCCUCAAUGCAGGCCAGCAGUUACAGCAGCAGUUCCCACUCUGCUGUUGGCCAAUAUUCGUUUGACAGCAUGUCUGCAACAAGCAUGUCUGCCAUGAUGGCUGAGUCAGUGGUUUCCAUGAGCUCCAGCAGCAAAACAAUUGGUAUGUCUGCCUGCUCGCAUGUAAAGGCGCUCUCUAUCGGGGCUAAAACAGGCACUCCACCAAAGAUCGAAGCUCUUCCACAGGAUGUUAGUGCAGAGCCGGGGAAGUUUCUGACAGUGGUGGGCAUAUUCUCUGGAGAUCCUGCCCCCUCAGUUCAGUGGGUCCGCUCAGGCCGGACCCUUCCCAAUGGAGAUGAGCGGUUCCACGUGGAUAACACGGCAGAUCUCUCCACCCUAAUGAUCUCUCGGGUGAAGGAGGACGACGCCGGAGCAUACACACUCCGACUGUCCAACGAUCUUGGCUCUGACUCUGCAACUGUCAACGUGCACAUCCGGUCCAUGUAAAAAAUGAGAAAAAAAAAUCAUAUCCCCUACUCCCUUAGUCCUCAACUUUUUAUUUACAAUAAUCUUACUUGAUAAAGAUCUGGAAUAUUCUUGUAAAUAGGAACUAUUUUUGUACCAAACUUGACGUUAAUUUAUGCCAAACUAGACUAAAGUCUAAAGUUGUAAAAUGUGCCAUAUUGGAUAACUAUGACUCAAUUUUUCUGUGACAUGUACAUAAUGUAUAUAGCCGAGUUUACCGGUUAUGGGAAAUGUAUGCAUUGUUAUUUAUGACAAUAAUAUUAACUGAAACUAAAAGAAAGUAAAAGUAGCUGACAGGAGAAAGUUUCCGCUGGAACGAAUACCCUGUUAAACUAAGAAACUAAACUCUGUGCCUCAACGAUAAGUUGAAGUCUCAAGAUUGCCUCAACAGGUAGAGAGGCUCCCUGUUGAUGUUACAAAGCAGAAACAAAAAGACAAAGUUCUUGUUUGGACACGCGUCUAUGCGUGUGAUAUGACAGUUUAAUAUGAGUUGUACCAUGAGCACAAGACCCUGAGUGCUGUUUGCAUUACCCUCAUGUAAGCAGCAUGAACCGGUCUUGUGAUCAGACUGACUGUGUCAUACCACCACGAUUUGAUGACCAGCAAAGAGGGCGAGCGGCCUGCUCUCUUUGGGUUUAGAUUAAUUUUGAUAAAGAGCGCUGUUUCUGGCACAGGAUGGCUGGAUUGGCUUCACUAAAGCAACAUCUCCUGGCCAUAAGAAAACAGGGAGUCAAAACCAGUUCUGCUGUGCAGAAGCAGCGCUAUCUCUUGGAGGAUUGUAGCUGAUGUGUUAUUGUUUUUGAGUGUGAGUGUCUGUAGUUUGUAGAUGUUUCACCUUGUCAGUAGUCAGGGUUUUUUUUUUCUUUAUUCACAUCACUGAGCCCAUCUGUGGUGAGAAGAGAAGCAGUUAUGGUUUUACCCUGCACUUUGACUUUAUUGAUCUGCUGAUGUAGAACUUAUAUAUCAUCCUCCUUGAGUUUUACUGAUUUAAUAAAGCAUGAUUUCAGCACUACUAAA